AUGUCUCUAGCAGCGGCAGAUAAGCUGCUCAAAAUUUUUGACGCGUUGAAAAAUUUUAGAGAGGGCAUUCCUGUGGUCGACCCAAAUCCUUUGGCAAAGUAAGGAUAUCUCCAUUGCUUAGAUUACUUAGUUUAUGCAGCGUUGCAUCAAUAGUUGACAAAAAGUGAGGCUCACUGGUUAUCGAAUGCUGACCUUAAAUUUUAGAUAAAUUAAGCGACUAGUUAAACUUGGUUUACAGCCGUUGAUCAAGUGAUACCAACCUUAAUGACAGGGCUGAGUAUGAACCUCCCCCUUCAGUCCUUCUCUUAAAGUUUUAUAUUUUGCCUGUAGCUCUGUUGAUUUUCAGCCUUAUCCAAGCGCUCAUUUACCAAAAAAUAAUGCAUUGGUACUUACAAAUCAGUACACAGCCACAGUGUAGCUGACCUAAGCUGAAAGCUCUUAUGCAAAGAUGCAUGUAUUACUGUUGUGUAUUAUUCUCAGGAAACUUCCUUGAAGUUAAUGACUUUGGAACAUUUUCGUGACUUAAUUAAACAUGUGGGAUGAUAAUUAAUGUAAGGUAGAAUUUACUGUUGUAAACACAGCUACAACUUAUUAGAACUGACUUUACUGAAAUUUUUACCUUCUAUUUAAUGCUAUAUUAAUCAGCGCUAUAAAUGAUUGAGGGCAUGGACUAUAUCUGUAUCACCCUACUGAGCCAAUGCCAAGGUUGAGGCUUUAAGUUGUUGUGAAUGUAAUAGAAAAAAAACAGUACCACAGGUAACAAACAAUUUUAUUAAUUUUUUCGUAGGAAGAAAGAAAGCCUUCUGUCUAAAAAAGAAAGAAUAUCAUAUCUGAACACCAUUCCUGAACUAGUUUGCUCCUCAGGUAUAAGGUUGGUAUCAAAAUGAGAAUUAUAGAAUAUUAGGCACUUUAAAAUUUUUUUUUUAUUAUUUGUUCCUCGCUGGAAUGAAUUCAUUUAAAAUAUAAAUUACACCCCAUGACUGGUUGUCUUGUAUUUUACUUGAGAAUACCUUCACUUGUACUUACUUUCACUACAGUGUUUAAGGGAGAAAUCUCUGGAAUCUACAGGAAUUAUUAUAUGCUGGUACAGUUGUUGCAUGUAUCUGUAACACCAGUUAUUCAUUUUGAAAUUAAAAAAUCCAUGAGUUCUUGAUGCUGUGCCAUGUUGACAUGUGGGAUCACAAAUGAAUUAAAAAAGGGGAAGAAUCCAUGUUUUUCUUCUCUAAAAAUGAAUAUUUUCAUUUUCAUUUUUGCUUGACAACUUCAUUGAAGUAUCACUUGCAUUAGAUGUUCAGAAUACUUUUGCUACCUUGGUGCUCUGGUUUGAGUCAUUUUGUUGUGAUCUUUGAGAAAACCCUUAUUGUUUUGAAUUAGAAAUAGUACUCCUUUGUCAGUUCAUUGCAAAAAGGAAUUUAAUACAAAUGAGAUUAAUGCACCUUUAAUGUUCACUUGUUUUGACUGAUUGCUCCAUCAGAAGUUUGUCUGAAUUUCCAAAGAUCCUGGCUAUCACAGUGGACUCUUUGUUAGUCAGCUGUGAUGAUCAGGAGUCAGAUGUGCGCUUGGUUGCUGGUGAAUCUCUCAACAAACUUAUCAAGGUCAGUUGCUGCCUUAUAGAGAUGUUUAAAUGGUUUCAUGAUCUUGAUGAAUUCUUCUUGCGUUUAGAUUAGUUCUUGCAUGCACCUAUGAUAUGAAAGAAGACAGAUAUACAGUAGACAUAAUGAGAGUUAACAAGCUGUUUUAGCCUACAGUUCUUGUCUAGAGGUUUACAUUAGUUACAUACAUACUAUAUAUAUAUAGUUAAGUGUACUAUAAGGAUGUAAUGAAGAGGCCAACUCUGGAGUGUUCUGGACGAGUUUAAUGCACAACGUUUCGGCUGUUCGGCCUUCUUCAGGUUAAAAAUUAAAAACUAAAAAGCUAUUUACAAAGAUUGUGACUUAUAUACAAAACAGAAAUUUUAAGAUUGAGGUUACAUAAUACAACAAAGGUCUAAAUUACAAACUGAGAAGGGUUAAACAAUGAAAGGCAAAUAAAGAACUAUGGGUGGCAUGUGAAUACAAAUAAGGUGAAUACAAAUAAGUGACAAAAAUUAGAGAGAAAAAAAAGAAUCUAACUUAAUUAUUAGUGUUUACUCCGGAGCAACAAGAGAGAGAGCUGGUUUGAAUGGGGGCCUGCAAAAACAAUAUAAAUAUGAAAAGAUAUGUACAGAAAUAUAAAAUACAAAAUGAGGCUAAAGCACAAAUUACAAGAUACACAUACAAUAUACAAUAUACAAGACAUUGAAAAGCAUAUCACAAGAAUUUCACCAAUAAAGUUUGAAAAGCUUAAUAAAUUUAGGGAGAAACAUUAUAUUCCUUAAUUUACAAGGUAGUCAAGAGUAUUCCAUACCUUUGUGCCUUUGUAAAGGAAAGAACCUUGAUAUUUAGAUAUUUAAGCAAGGGGCCAUUGCAAAACAUCUCUAUGUCUGGUAUAGAAGGAAUGAUAUCAGGGGUAAAAAAAUAAAUUCAUCCAAAAGAUCAUGAAGGCAUUAUAAACAAACUCAUUUAUUACUAAUCAUUACAUUAGUACAAGUCAGUAUAGCUGGGAGUUUCACUACUAACCCUUAAUACGUCAGCUUCAGUUUGCACAUUCUCCAUAAUGUUUUCUUUACGUUACCUAUGAUACUGAUAAGGGAAACUUGUUUAACAAUCAAUGCAACAAGAGCUUCUAUUGUUGGUGAUCAUUUCCUUUACUCUCUUGAACUUGAUGUUUUGUUUGGCAGGGAAACUGUAAGGAGAGAUUAGAUUCUAAUCAGAGUUGAUGUUUUCACUCCCAACAGGGAUUGAUGGACUCUUUUAUGGGACGGAUACAUGUAGAGCUUUACAAGAAAAUAAAAGAGGUUUGGAAUUCUGUAAACUUUGUCAUAAUAGUCAUCAUAGCUAUUUUGUUUUACAAUGUACAUUAUGGGUAUAGAUGAUUGUUUUUUUUUUCUCUUCUCAUCAUUGUAUUCAUUUGUCAGAAUGGCUCUGCCAGAAGUCUGAGAGCUGCUUUAUCUAGAUUUGGAGACUUGUGCCAUUUGAUUAGGCCACAGAAAUGCCGGUAGGUGUGUUUUAGUAUUCACCAAUACUGUAUUGUCAAAAAUAGUUUAUUGCUUAUAUAAGUCUGUUUUUUAUCUCAGCCAAGGGAAUCCUCAUAUACCUUUUAGAAUCAAUAGGCAAACUCUUUGAGUAUUGUGCUCAAAGUCUUGUUAGCAAAUUCAAGAUGUUACCGUUACAACUGUAAAUAGUAUUUAUUUACUUCUUUAGUCCAGGGUUGGUGUAGCUUCAUACUAUAAAUAGUAACUUAGGGAGUGAUUUUUAAACCUUAAGUGGCACAGGAUUUGUAUGUGUCAUGGAUAACCUUGAAAUUUAUAGAAGUCUUCAAUGUUGGAUUCCAUGCAGACCUGUUAAGUUCUGGGCACUGAAAAUGGGUUAUAGAAAAGCAAGGAAAUUAUAGAAAUUUUAUUGUUGUGAGAAACAAAGAGAAAAAUACUGUACCUACAUUACAUUAUUGUUCCCAGAGUAUUUUGGUUGCUACCUCUAGAAAAUAGGUUGCAGAAAACACCUGAAAGGCCUGGGAAAGGGUGUGGAAAUAACUAAUGGAAUUUUGUGAUCUUGAAAGAGUAUGCAUGCUGUGGCACCAUUAACUUAAGGGAAUUUUGUAUCAAGAUUUCAUCAAUGUCCAGAGUGUAGUGUGGCCUAGCUAGUGAAAAAAUUUUGGAAUCAUUAUGUUGUGUCUUUGGGGGUACAUGUUCAAUUGCAUUGAAAGUUGCUCUUUCUACAGUGUAUGAGUCUCUGCAAAUUUCAGUGGCAAGGAUUGGCUCAUACCAUCCAGCUGCUGAAAAUCCCCCAUGAUUUAGAUCAUUUUUUAAAAUGCAUUUGUUUCUUUCAGGCCAUUUAUUGCAAACUUGUUGCCAUGCAUAGCUCGUGUAAGCAUACGCACUGAGGAGACACUCCAGGUAAAAAAGUAGGAGAAACUCUUUUGAGGUGAAAAUAUAUAAAGGUUUUGGGUUCCAUAUCACUCUACUUAGACCUGGUUAACUGAUUUUCUUUUAUCUCUAGGAAAUACUUGCCAUUGUCAUGCAGAAGAUAAUGAGUGUUCUGGGAAGUUUUACAGGUGAUAAAGAGGUUAAGGUUAGUUUUUCCUUAUUACUUGCCUGUAGCAUAUUCAUGUGAUUCAUUAUAAAGAGGUGAAAAAAUUAUUUUGAUCACUUUCAAGAUCUUGAAGGUGGCUCUUUAUAAACAUUAAUUUUAGUAAUUUUUUUUAUCAACAGCAAUUACUGAAAACGUUUUUGCCAAACUUGCGAUCCUCAUCAGCAACAACCAGACGAACUGCUGCAAGUGGCCUUGUUGUUAUCUGCCAAUAUUCACGUAAACCAAGUUUCUUUUAUGAGUGGCUCCUGAACAUUUUGUUAGGUGAGUUACUUUCUCUAUACUCUAUUGGUUAAAAUGUUAAGCCAAUAUGCUGUGAGCUGAAGGGAAGAAUUGAAUAACCAUACUAAGAAAAACAUUAAGCAAGAAAGUAUAGGGCAAAAUAAAGAUUGUUACGCGUUAGAGGGCCAAGAAAGAGGUGAUUUUUGGCCAAUAAUUCAUAACUAAAGACACUCUUGUCCAUGUUGCAUCAUACUGCACUGUUAAUUUAAAACAAAGAAGGCCAAAUACUGUAUCUUCCCACUUCUUUCAUGGCUAUUUUGUUAGCACAAUAAACCUUGUAGCCUGGAUUGCAAGAAAAUGUGAAUUUCUGAAAAUGGUACCUUAAGUUUAUGGGCCCACAGCAGUGUUUUAGAACUUAAAUCUAAGGAACUUUAGAUUUUACAUGUAGUUCAAGAACCAGUCAAUUCUUUAUAGUUUUCUCACCUGGUAUUUUUUUAAUUUGAAUCUCAUGACCAUCAACAUCUCUUUAUUGGAAAGUAAACACAUUGCAUACAAAAACCAGCUUUUCAGUGAAGUGUGAUUUUUAAAGUGAAGCAUGGAGUCCCAGCCACAUCUUUGGGAGAGUACUGUUCUAUUAAAAUAACACUGAAAACCUGACUUUUGUCCUGUUCACACUUUUAAUUAAGGUUUGGUGUUACCAUUCCAUGAAGACAAAGAUUCAACUGCCUAUCUUGGUGUGCUGAUGUGUUUACGACACAUGAUUCCAAACUUGGAUUGCUCUUUCUCAUUUGAUCAUCAAAUGAAAGGUUUGCGAGGCAGCUUUGGUUCUCAUUGCUCAUACUCUGCAGAUGGAACACUUGGUGCUGAACAGAUUCAGAACAAUCAGCUUUUACAGGUGCACAUUUGUCUAAUGCUUUUAUAUUCUCAAAAGUUUUGUGUAAUCUACAGCGCUGAUGAAGGCAUGGCUUUUUUAGACAGGAGAGAUUUAAAGUGGCUGUCUUGUGUUUCAACUAUCUUUUUGCAUAAUUUUAAGUACACUUUACAGCAGGAUAGGGAAUUGGAAACAAAGAAAAAUUAGAUUUAAACCCUCUCACUGCACAUGGUUGUAAGCAAAUAUUUGGAAUUAGUUUCAAACAAAUUUGUGAAACUACAGUACAGGUAGUAUAACAUAAUUACAAUAUCAUGAAAUAUUUCACAGCUGCCAUAGGAAAUUUUCUAGUUGUAGUACAUGUGAGCAAUUCAAAGGUUAAAUGACUGGGCUUUCCUUUUAACAAAGAGCCAGCUAGAAGCUGUUGAUUCUUAAAUUACUUUUCCAUAAUUUCAAACGUUUUCUUCAGGGUCCUUUUUUGUAAUCUGUCUACUAGCAAAAGUUAAGUGACAUUUGGUAAAGGGGAUCUGUUAUUCACAAAUAACUAUCUCGGUAAAUUGCUCAAAGCUAGAAGCUCAGUCCUCCACAAGAUUUUAAUUUGUUAUUGCUUUUAUAAGGUUUAUGAAGUGAUCAUGUACUGCACAAAGCAUUCAAAUCAUAACGUGGUGACAGCCUCGCUCGAAACAUUGCUGCAGCUUCUGCGUGCCCCACCUCCUGCUCUUCUGUCGAUUCUUCUAUCAGCUGAAGGAAUUACACCAAGUGCCAACUCUGAUGCAUCAAAGCAAGGUAACUUUACAAUGUCUGCUGGAGGUCCACCUGCAAGUAAUGUGUAGAAUACCAUAAAUGAAAUACAGAAUUCCCUUGAAUAAGCACCCAGGUGCCUAAAAGGCCAAGAGCGCUUACUGAAAGUAGGGUGCUUAAUCCAGAGGGGUGCUUAUUAUAAUUUGUUCUGAUUCCACCGUAGUUGAAGAUUGAAAAGUUAUACAAGUUAUUAUUUUAGUAAGUGAGAGAGGAGGGGUGGGAGGCUUUCUUUGAGAGGGUGCUUGUUUGAUUUUAUGGCCUAGGGAUGGGGACUUGUCUAGGGGAGGGCGCUUAUUAGAAUUUGGAUGCUUAUUUGGGAAAGUGUAGUAAUUCUUGUUUAGAAGACUACCCUCUUACUUCAUAACUUUCACAAUAUUCUGCUUAUCAUGUUACAGUAUCAUGAAGUUAACUGGUUUAAAUGUGAAAAUAGGAGAUAGGCAAUCAUUAGUUCUUAAAGGCUUGAAUCUAUGGAACAACUUGAAGGGCGUGAAUUGGCAACCUUUAAAAACCAUGUAUGGUAGAAUGAUGUGAUAGAGAAAUCUACUUGCAACAAGGUCUUUUAAAUAUGCCCUAGAAGAGAGAGAGAGAGAGAGAGAGAGAGAGUACAGUUAUUUUAUUGAUUAUAAACUUUAAGAAUAUUGGGAAAGGGAGAAUGUGAGAGAUUGUAUUUAAAUGAGAGAAAAUGAUUAUUUAUACAUGUUUGAAUGGUAUUCAAUGGUGCUUUUGUCUUGCCUCACUUGCCUCUCAUGCCUCAUUUUCUUACUACCUAAGACUUGGAGUUUCUGGAAGAAACGCCCUCUGAAGGUGACCCAACAAUGAGUGAACUAGAAACAGCUUCCAUUGCUGAAAGCACUGCUAGUACUGUAGAUACUGGGGUUGGCAGCUCUAUUGCAACUGAUUUUGACACAGAGCAAACAUCAGUUGAUGAAAUGCUGAGGUCAGCAGAGCUGGAUCGCCUGCGUCUCCACGGUGGUUCUGCUGGAGACAAUGAUCAAACCAGAGAGGAAGCAGAAGAAGGAAUUGAUGUCUUUGAUUCCACAAUGAGUGAAGUGAAGACAGAAAAUAGAAGAACUACCAGGUCUUUAUCAGACCCUGGUUAUGCUGCUGAAACAGAUAACAAUGCAUCCAUUGAUGCAACUCAGAAUGAGACUCAAGUAUCACAUGGAACAUUUGAUUAUGUUGCCCACCGAGACAGUGAUGGCUUGGAGUUAACCACCUCUGAGGAUGAUACCAUUAGGACAGAGUCAGUAUCAACACAGGAAGUAAGACUGCUUGUGGAGAGAAGUUUUCAGAUAGAUGCAGUGGCCUGCAAAGGGGUGCCUCUUGUACACUGUGUCCGCCUAAUGAGCUCAUUUCUUUUGUCUGGAAACCCUGGUGAGAUGCUGUCAGACUCUUGUGUGCGUGUGAGUGUUAAAUCAUUGGCCCUUUCUUGCAUUGCUCAAGCUGUUAAGCUCUACCCUGAAGCUUUCUUAGUAAGAAUAUUACCUGAGUUAUCUGAGGAUUCAGAUGGUGAAGAAUUUCAUCAAUCCAGUCCUCAGCUUGUUAGAGAUAUUCUUCUCUUUAGUGGACAUGGAGAUCCACAACUGCGAGGAAGUCUGGCCACUGUGAUUGGAAAUGUUGUAAGGACAGGACUAAAGAAAGGAAGGUAAGUGGAUCAAAGCUGAGUACAGGAAUUUAUCAAUUUGGUGAUGGUUAUCAAAAGAAUUGUACGGUUUGCUGACUUGCUUAGGAGGAAGCUGGAAGUGAUGAUCAAAGUUGAGCAGAUGCAUGCACAAUACAUGUACAUUUCACACAUAACUUCUACAGUGAAGUAUCUUUUAAACUGCUUUAACUUGUAUCAUGUUGAUUAACCUUUCCUAAUUUUUCAUUAAAUUUCAGGCUUGAUUUUGACACUUGGUGCAUAGACAACUGUCAAGAAAUGGAGACAGGUAUCAAAUUGUUUGUCAAUAUGGUGUUUUUAUAAACAAUGUGUUUGCAUUAAAAAUUAUUGUGUCUUUUCAUGCCCUGGUUAACCAGCAUGUAGAUACAAACUUUAUUUACACUGAAUAAAGCUUCUUUUCUAGGAAAAUUUUAAAAGGGAAAAAAAACAAAAGCAAAAGUUACUCAAGACCCAUCUAACAACUAAUUGUUGAUUAGUCUUUGGCUGCCUUUCUGUUGUUUGAUGAUUAUCUGUUGUUUGGUUGUCACCUUUCAAGUUCUGGCAAAGUUACUGACUAGCUUUUGUCAAUAGUCAGCACAUAACUCACUGGAAGUUGCUCAUGUUUGGGUGGCUGUUUUUGAAUUAGGUGUCAUUGUUACUGUAUUGCUACAUUUCUAAUGAAUUUUUUAAAACUUGAUUGACCACUGAGUUUGAGAAAAGUUGAUGUUUUUUGUUGCUUGUUGGUCAGCAGCCUGUUGAUGAUCUGUAACUGGUAAUCAUUUUGGAAAAUUUACUUGAAGAAGAGAAUAUGCAACUGCAUGCCUAUAGUGUGCUGUAUUUAGGAGAACUGAUCCUCAACUAGAGCUAGUCUUAAGUGCCAGAGGCAUCCUUACCUCAAUCCCUUAUGUUCUGAGAGUCAGGCCCAAUUCAGAUGUUGUGCUUCUACCAUGUCCAACUUAAGUGCAAUUAGGUUCAACUAUAGCACAGGGGAAGCAUGAUUCUGAUUUAGAUGUACAGCCAAUAUUGUCUGAAACUCAGCAUUUACUGAAGUAUCCUAAGCGCAUACUCUGUAAAGGAGUAUUAUUUUUGUGACUUUCUCAAGGUAACGCAAUCCUGCCAAAAUACAUUAGCUUAAUUUAUGAAUUUUGUGUGGCACAGCAGGGGUAUGACACCUGAAUCACUGUCAUGCCAGAGUUGUGUAGCAUGGCAGAGCUUGUCAAACUUAAUUGCUGUGCUGAACUUAAUUAAAGAGUUUGAUUCAGAUGGCGUGCUUUUGUCAAACUUAAUUCCUAAAUUAAGUUUGGCAUGGCAGAAGCACAUUGUCUGAACUGGGCCUCACUGUUGCCUGGGUGAUGCCAAAGGGGAUUUGACUGAGGAGAUGGCUGAAUUCAGGCUAAACUAGGGUGUAAAAAAGUCUGUCAACUGGCUGAUGAUGACUUCAUUUCAGUGGAGCAAGUACAAAAGUUUCACCAAUCAUGUUCUUCUCGUGAGAAACUCAUCUUACCAAAGUUCCUUUUCAGAGCUGGAUAACAUGUAAUUUCAUUUUGAUUUAUCACAAGUUUACCUCUCUCACAGUUCCAUUUGGACUGGAAGAUCUAAUCUCAGUGUUGAAGUCUAUCCUUCAAGAUGAGUCUCCUGUUGCCAUCAGACAAGCAUGUGUUUCUCUAAAGGUAUAGCAUAUGCGAGAAAUUCUUGUAAUUCAAGUUAAACCCAAUAAAUUAUUUGGGGUCAACCAAAGUUGAUUUUUUUGCCAAUAAUACAAGAAGAUUGAAAACAAAAGAAUUAGAGUUUGUGACAUGUUUGGUCCAAUAACAAGAAAGCAAACAUUUGUAAAACCUCAACUUUUCAACUUAAUGUACUCUUAAGUUUACAUUUCCUUUCUCAUACCUGACUUGUUUUUCUUAGAGCUGCCUCUUUUUGCUGUGCUCUAGUAAACACUCCAAGGUUGCUUUGGACCUGUUGAACACCAUUUCAACUCUAAAAGAUAACUCUUAUUGGCUAGUAAAGGUUUGUAUAGAAAAGUUGUUACAUAUAUAAUUCAGUAACAGUGUGUUGAUUUCCCAAACCACAGAUACUAUUUUCUCUUGAAUUUUUGUUAAACUACAAGAGAGAAUGUUUUCCUGAGUUAUAACUUUAAUUUGAAUUGAGAGUGAAAUAUCUUCUGAUGUAGUGUAAAUCAUAUUUGUAGUGGCAGGCAUAUCUUUGUGCUGUGAUGCACAAAAUAUUGAAAAAUUGCUUGUAUUUACCUCCAUGUUUUUUUCAAAAGUCAGCAAAUUUAAAAGAAACAAGUUUGAUUGGAGUGUCAUAUAGUAACUACGUACUAACCCUAGUUGCAUGAGCUGCACUGAGGAAUAUUGUCCCUGUUGGGCUUGGUUAGUGAGGAGUUAUUCUCACAUGGAUUCUCCAUCUACAUCCUCCAUUAAAAAAAAAAAGACAAAUGAAUUAAAUAAAGAUGAAAAAAAAAAAAUGAGGAGGUGCACAUUCAUGCAUGUGAAUUGAUGUUAAACUUUCUUCACCCUGCAAAAAAAGAAAAAAAAACCUAACCAUACCUUUGCAAAUCUAAAUACAGGUUGAAUUAUUGGAAAUAGUAGGGGAAGUGGACUUCAGGUGAGAUUUUACAAAGCCAAUUGAUUUCAUAUUGCAUUUCUUUGAGGUGAACUAAACACUUAUUGGUCAACUGCAAGAAGUGAUAUUAAUGACUGUACAUAACAAGAUGUGUAUCAAGAGUAAACUUUUUUUAUUAUUAUUUUCAGGCUUUUAGGUCUUCUAAAACUUAAAUUUGAACACCUCCAGGAGUCAGGGAUGCAUAAAUUGUUUGUAAGUUUUGGUUCACAAAAUGCAGAAGAUAAAGUUGUAUUUAAGACUUUUUAUACAAUAUUUGUCAGUGCACUAGACCCCCGAUAAUCCUCCACUCGUCUCAAUGGUUGUACUGGUUUUGUUUUGGUCAUAUUGGUCAUUUUGUUUUGAAGGUUAUAGUCAAUUUGUUCAGGUCAUUUCAUUUUGGUCGUUCAGUCGUUUUGUUUUGGUUGUUUUGGUUGUUUUGCAUAUAAGGUAACAUGCAUUGACAUGCAUUGGCCUAGUGGUCAGCAUUGUGUUGCAUUCAAGGGCAAGUUUUUUUACUCUCAAAUUGUGUCUCUCUCCCAAAUGUGUGACUGACCACAAUACCAAGACCACACCUGGCAAAUUGCAAGUUAACCCAGUAAAGGACUAACAUCUUACUUAAAAGGAGCAGCAAUCAUUUCAAAUGCAUCAUGCAUCUGAAAAAAGCAAGUUCUUUUCAUGUCUUCCAGUGCAAAACCAGCUCAAGGUCCUCUGUUUUUCAAUAAGCUCAACCUAGCCAACCCAUUCAAAAUUCAUCAAAACUGAUGAUCAUUUGAAAACAAUUUGAAGAAAUACCAUCUUUUUUUCUUUUAGAUUCUACUUUCUUGUGAUUUCUUUUUUUUCCACUAAAUAAUUAUCUCCUUUUUUCUGUGAAAUAGACUGAUUUUCUUCUUUUUGUUGUUUGUUGUUUUUGAUCAAUAGAAAACUAAUUUGCAAGAGGAUUUGAUUAAUAAUGUUAUUCUACACUUGCUGGAGGAUGAGGACAUUCGAGUGAGGCAAGCAGCUGCUAAGUGUGUUGUCAGGUAUGUUGUGUUAUGAGAGCAACAGGGAAAAAAAACUGCCUGUUGAGUUCCACAUUCAGAAUGCCAUAAAAUUAAACAGGAUAACUGAGUGUGUAUCAAAGGAAAAAUUGAAAUUCUGGAUGGGAAACAUCCUUCUUCCACCAUUUAAUUAUGUAACAAUCCAGGCUGUGUUGAGAAUGCUAAACAGGUGCAGUUGGUAAAGAGGGGCAAUACAAAUUACCUCAUAACCAGAGAGGAGAAAUUUGGUAUCUUAGUGGUUGGCUAGAAUUUGAAAUCAAUCUUUUGGAGUACUGUAAGAAUAGAGGGGAGCUUGUCUCUUAGGAAAAAAUUCUUGUUGGGCUAGUUUCUUAGCUUACAUUUGGUUUACUUAAAAAUGAUUAAAGCUCUUCAUUUAGAAUAAAUUUUUUGGAAUAAUGAUCUAAACAAAUUAAGUAAUAUCAUAACAGUGGCCAGUGAUAAGAUCUACAGCAUUAGUUCGAUGACUCGGAGAUGAAACCAGUGAGAAAAACUUCUGGGGAUUCAGUGUAACUUUUAUACUCCUACUUAAUCUGAUGAAAAGUAAUUAUUCUUAUAAUACUUGUUCUUCACUGCCCAGCAUAGUUCCAAGACUCUUUCACUCACUGAACAGUGACAAGCAAGCUUUAGUUGUAACUGCUGCACAGAGCCAAAUCAGUGAGUCUUCGCAGGCUUUCAUUUAAUUUUUUUUUUUUUUUACUUAAGUGACUCUACACCCUUAAAUGGUAUUUUUUUAGGGGUACUUUAUACAGAAAGAUUCAUUCACUUUGCAAAAAUUGCAAUUUAAAAUUAUUUCUAGUUUUUUAAAGUUUAUUCUUCUAUGGUGUAAAUGUAAUUGAAACUAAGAAACAACAAAUCAAGCCAGCUAAUUUAUUUCAUUUGAGAUUGCAACUUUUUAUCAGGGUUCUUGCAGUAUUGUGACCAAAAGUCAUAAACCGGUUGCUAGAAAUAAAAAUUAAGUUGCCAGAAACCAGAAAAGGGAAAAAGAAAACUAAAAUGUACAUGAUGUGCAAUAUUACGUGAUGCUGGUGUACUGAAUUACAAUAAUGGAAAAAGCUGGGUGACAGUUGGUAAACAUUGCUGGAUAGUUAAACCAAAUUCAAUAUGUUAAACCAAAAAUAGAUAAUUGUAUUAAUACCUGUUACACUUACAUCUCUGUUAUAUUCCAGGCAGUCUCUUUAUUCAAGAGUCUCACUGUAAGGCUUUCACCUACUCAGUUGUUGAUGCUAACCUUUCAAGAAUUGUGACACUUGUUGGUAACAAGCUGAAUCAUUCAACAUCAAGAACCUGUUUGGUAUACUGAAUUACCAAUAUUAUCAUUAUCAUCAUCAUUAUUAUUAGUACUAUUAUCAGUAUUAUUAUUAAUGUGUAUGGACUGUAUUAUUUUCUUUACAAGAGACUAUCAAAGUGUAUCAACCUGAUAUUUUAAAUGUAUUGACAUGCAUUUAGCUAGUGGAGAGCCCCAAAAAAAUUCCUCAAAUAUGUAUCUCAUACUCUUCCUAUAAAAAGCUUACUCACUAGAUAUAACUUUGAAAGGUGUUAGUGGCCUCCCUGAAAUGUUGGUGUAACUGUGAUCUACUGUACUUUAAGCUUAGUUUCAAAACAAAUCCAAUCUAACAAUCUAUGUUUAAUUGUUGACAAAAUAAAGAGUUUUAUACUGUCCUUUCUUGCAUAACUAUUGAUUAGAUAAGGCAACCUUUUUGACCUAUUGCCAUGUGGCUCUCUUGAGAGUAGAAGCAUAGGGAUGCAAUGGGAAGAUUAUCUUUAGUUCCAUAACAUGAAAGUGUUUAGGUGAGUAAGUUGCUACUAACAACUUAGAUCAGUUUCUUCUCUCAAUCUUUGUCUAAACAGCUUGGAUGUAUUCAUGUUUUGUCAUUACUGGUUGAGACUUUCCCUGUUGCAAGUUAUCCUGAAGCAUAUGGGUGUAGUGUAUCAAUUUCAUGUCGAAGUCCCCUGCCCACCCACCCUAUAGGGCCAUUUAGUGCACCCUCCAGACCUUCAAGUCCAAGUGCUUCUUGUGCAGGGGGAGGAGGGCCUUUGUCUAUUGUGAUGGGCAGUAUGAUGUCUUCAUGGCUUGCUUAUGAUCUCUUUGCACAUCAGCAGUUGUUGCAAGUAAGUAUUGUAGUCAUUAUUAUUCACUAUUAGUGCUCCAAAAAGCCUCUCUCUUUAAUAUCAACAUCUUUGUUUGCCUUCUGUCUAAAAUUAUACAUGUGCUCUAAUUGCGUGUUUCAAACUGCCCCUGAAAUGGUUAAAAUACUUCAUUCCCACCCAACACAUUUGUUGAGACACUUACUGCCUCUCUUGCCCCUUUCAAUGUUGGUUUGUAACAUGGCAUAGACACAAUUGCUAUUGAUAACAUCAUAGGGUCUCUGGAAAAGUGUGCCAACUAUUUUCAAUAUAUGUCUGUGAGUGUAGGUAACAUUUCCAUACAAAUAUAAUGGAUGAGUUUCUGUGAUAGUUAUUAUUUGUUGGUUUUUUAACUGUGAAAUUUAUACCACAUCUGGUAUUCUUUAAAACUAAGCAACCUUUUUAGGAGAAAUAAUUCUUGACUUACAAUUCGGGACUUAUUGUAGGUCUUACAGUGUAGCACUUUUUAGAAGUAUGCUUGUAGACCAGUUUAGACCACUCACUAGACUUAAGCACACUCAUGGGUAAUAGUAAAAAAAGAGAUGUUCAUGGAAAAUAAGCAUGCUGUGUUAUUUCACUUAGAUUGCAGGGAACAUCUUGUUUGGUGCUGGAUGUAGUGGAGUUCAUGUUACACUCAAGAUGCACUCUGAGAGAGGACCCUCAGAUGAGCCUAUCAGUUCUGCUGAACAUUGGAGUGUGUUUACUGAUAGUACAUUAGCUCCUCAGGCAGAAAAGCUUGUACUCCAUAUGGCCAGGUACAGAUACAUUAAAACCUUAUUUCAAAAACUCUACUUGUGGGUUGUUUAGGAAAGAUUACAAUUAAUUAAGAGUCUUAUGUGUUAGCUGUCUUGUUCAAUUGUGGAUAAAACCUCUGCUAGGAGGAUGGCUUUUGUGAAGUGCAUUUUGGUUACAAUCACAACUGUGCUUAGUGACCUUAUGGUUAAGGGUCUCAGAACAUUAUUCACACUCUUAGGCAAAAAAAAUUGGUCAUAAGUUAUGGAGAUCAAGUGUAUAAUUAUAUUUGCAUAUUAAUAUCAGACUUAGUAACCAAUCUACUCUCAGAGGCGUUAUUACAGUUUAUCUAGAUAUCAGCUGCAGUGUGUUAUAUUUAUAUAGCAAACCAUUCUCUCAACUUAUUAACCAGGAAUUUUUUGGCUGCCAAAGGGAAGAAUUUCUGAGAUGUAUAAUCUUGGAAAUUGGUGGGUUGAGGAGAGUUAAAAUUUGAUACCAGAAGGAAAUAUGAACUAUAAAACUAUGUUUUACUAACAUCUGAUUGAGAGUGGUGGAUUGAGCCACACAAUUAUCCUAGACUUUAGAAAACAAGGAAGCUUUUAAAAUGGGACUUCUAAAUUUUAAUUCUUGUUUAUAAUAUGUUAGAGCUUGUCCCCUCAAUUGUGUUCUUUUUCACGGAUUAACAACAUUUUUAUUUUUAGGUUAUUGAACAUUUUUACCCAUGUUGUUGAGCAUACUACUCCAGGUGCUCACUCCUUCAAGGUAUUGCUGUAAAAAUAAACUUUGGAAUGUAAAUGGUGUCCAUGUCAAAUGAGUAAUAUUUUGAAAUGUUGUAUUGAUAAAUGUAAGUCUUGCAUAGCAUGCCUAUGAUCAUUAGGCCCUAAUCUCUACCUCUCUAUUGAUGAAUUAAGGCAGGUGGUAUCCGACUGAGUGGUCCUUGACUCAUGUAUUACAUCCAGUGAUCCAAAUGGUUGCUUUAAAAAAUGGUUCGAUUAAGACAUGUUGUUCAUUUAUGUAAAGUGUAGUUUUAUUGCAUGGUGCAAGAUUUUGAAUUGGGAUUUGAAAUUUUUGGACAAUACUCCUAAUCUACCUACCUCUAGCAUUCAAAACAAGAAAAGUGGUAAAUGCCAUACAUAGAAGGUUGUAAUUUUUUAUCAUCAUGAAGAACAGCUUUUUGGUCAUGAGGUGUGAAUUUUGAUUGUGAUUUUUUGAUUGUCUAUGGCUGGUAUAGAAAACCAACCUAUUACAAUGGAGUAUCACACUUCAUUAGGUGGCUUAUGACUGUCAAUCUGACAGCCUAAUGAGGACUAUUAGUGUAGACCUAAAGCCAAACUAGCUACAUUUUAAGACAAAUGAGAAGAGUUGAUUACUAUGAGCAAUAAUUUUCAUAACCCUCAUGCAGCAAUUGGUUCCAUUUUUUGUUUAAUUUUGUUCCACGUCAGAUUCCAUUCCCAGGGCAAAACAAGGACAAGCAACAGUCAAGUGCCAUUCCUGGUGUGGCUGCUCCUCACACCCCUCCUUCAGCUUCAGCUGUCUCUAGUUCUGCAUCAACUGUUCCCAAAAGACUGUUGACCAAGACCAAGCGGGCUCUCUCAGAAGCUGAUUUACACCAAGCCUCCUCAGAUAAACCACUGUCACCCUCUAAGACCCAAGGGGGAGUGGGGCAGUCUGGUGAAUCUGAGCAAAGCACUCAAAACCCCCCUCCCAAGAGCAGCAUUGGAACAUUUCAUCAUAUACCUCACUAUAUGAAGUUAUAUGAGAUCAUCAAGGGAGCCUAUGCUAACAACCAGGUAGUGGUCAAAUAUUUUGAAUAUAUUUAUUUCUAUUCUAAUAAUGCAAUUUUGCUUUUAUUAAGAAUAAAACUUAUAAGAAUAAGUAACCACAGGUAAAUACAUGAUGUGCAAGACUUUCAGCUGCAGCAAAAAAAAAAAAAAAAAAAAAAACAACAACAACAACAAAAGCAAUGCACGAAAUAGAGAAGUAACAAAUCCUUGAAAAUAUGCAUCAAAUCAGUUUGUUUUUAAUUUCUCUAAAUGGACAGAUAAUAUUUGCUAUUUUGCUUUGUUGCCAUGUAGCUUUGCAGGUUCCUGUCAAUAAACCCCCUCACUCCCAAGAUCUCAUUAGUAAUUCUCCUUGCUGUCUGUAUACAAUUUUUACUUAGGUAAUUUAGAGAAUUUGAAAGUGGAUCAACUUAUAAUCUCCUCAUGAUAUAUUUCUUUAUUCUCAUACCUUACCUGCUUGAUACUGUAUUGAUAUCGUCAGGAGAAAUUCUGUCUUGGUCACUCGUGGGAGUCAAAGGGUUAAUAGAGCUGAAAGGAACAAAUGACUAAGGAACACCUUUUAUGUUGUGAACGAUAUUUUUUUGGGUGUAUUUUUAAACACAAACUUGACUUACAUAUUCACUUGCAUAGACACAUGACUCAUCUUGCAUAGAAAAAGCUACAUUUUAGGUUGCUUACAAUACACAAAUGACUAAGGAACACCUUUUAUGUUGUGAACGAUAUUUUUUAGGGUAUAUUUUUUAAAUUUGAAAGAAAUAGACAGCAGGAAAGAAGAUGGUUUCCCUUUCAUAAACAAUCUGUAUUAGAUAAUUACUUAGUUAUAGGUAGAGUAGUGAUAACAUUUAUUCAUCCUACUUUGAAAAUUUGGAUGUUGAGGUAGAUUGUAUGUUAUUGAUAUGAUGCUUCAAUUUUCUCCAAAUGUUAUACAAAUCAUUGCAGCCUGUUUUGUUCACCACAAGUUUGUGAUUUUGAACAGGUUUCUCUGCUGGCUCCAGAUCAAGACAAGUUUUGUCAGUUCCUAUCAGCAACCUUACAUUCUUUGUCUUUACUCCUUGAAGUUACUGCAUUUGCUGACAUUGGAAAGGUGCAAACAACUUAUAUAUAUCAUGGUGCAACCUUGUGUGACUAUUCAGAGAUUGAUAACAAGGGUAAUACACGCUUUUAUACAUGUUUUUCAGCAUGUCGAAGAAAUACUUGGCUAUUUGCAAGUUUGUGUGAAAGUGGAGGCCACAAAGACUUUAUUGUGUGUCCAGCAGGUAUUAAUCAAUAUGCUACAUCACAUUUUCAGUUACAUGAGUGGUCAAGUGUUUUCAUCCUGGAGGUUUCACCUCAGUAAAAGUCUACCUUUGCUAGGUCGCCCCCAUCACGACGAGUUUGCCCCAUCAAUUAUAACGAGUUCGCCAGCACCUUUUCUAGUUUGCUCCCAAAACUAUAACUCGUUUCCCCUCAGUGGAACAUGUUCCUUUAUUCGAAGGGAGAAAUAAUGACGGUCGUAGUAAAGGUCUUGAUAAUGUAAAAAAAAAAACCCGGACUGGUUAUAAAAGGAAAGAGUUGGGGGAGGGGGGCGAGGUGGUGAUAUAAGUGGGGUUGAACUUAAUGUAUUUCAUAGCGCAAAGUCAUCGACUUAGUAGUAAACUGGUCAGGGGUGAACUUCCAAUGGGGCGAAGCCUCCAGAUACCUUGUGUUGCGUGAGUUGUUGGAUUUGAAACUGGGAGGUCCCAGGUUCAAAUUCUACGCUCUACCAUUUAAGUGAAUUUAUUUUUUGGUCGUUUUAAGUUUGAAUCCUUUGCUCUACUUGGCAAAUUGUCAACAUGUUUAGCCCCUGCGUGUUUUCGUGUUAAUUGUUGAGGAGUACCUAAUUAGCACAGGGGUGCUAAGUGCAGACAGGAGCCCAAUGGGCUCCUGGUACAGAUGAUAAAUUAUUACAAAUAAUAAAGUUAUGUUAUGUUAUGUUACAGUGAAUAUACUAUGUGUUACAGUGCUUUGCUUUCAGAGAUCCUUCCUAACAACAUUACAAAUAUUGGAACAUGUCCACCAUUGUUUAAAAUCAUUUUAUUUUAAAGCUUUUGCGUGCAAUGUUUGGUAUCAACGCUUUGAGCCAACCAGAGCUGAUCCAGAACUUGACAGUUCCUCCCUGUUUGGCUACUAGUCUCGUGACAGUACCACGACAAGCUGAGAUGCUUCCCGUGGAUAAAAGCUUUUACCACUUUUGCUUUGUGUAUCCAUCGGUGCUCGUUACGCAUUCCCUCCAGAAGUUGAAACAUAAGGAAGAAAUAAAAGAAAAGGGAAAGGAAGCAGAAGAGUUGGGGUAUGGUGCUUACUUCUGUGAUUUCUUAACGUGAUUCUUUUCCCAUAAAAGCAAAAGACUACAAGCGGUCCCUCCUUUUCAGCAAAGUCCGUCGCUCGAGAAAAAUAAAAUCAGUGAGAAAGAAUUGAUGCUAGCGCGCCGUAGGGGGGCUCUGGUGGUGAGGCGCUCGAGUGAAGCCUAUUUUUGGAGCGCCACAGUCCCAGAGUUCCCUGCGGGGCGCUAACAUCGAUUUUUUUUUUCCAAUGAUAUUUUUGACGCGCGCGACAGACUUUGCCGAAAAGGAGGGACCGCCCGUUGUCUAUAAAAGCACUAGUUUGUUCAUCAGUAGGGCUGCGUUUUAACCUUUUUGUCUCAGAACGGAAUACGAAAGCCAAUCAUCUGAUUUGUUGACGCUAAAUUUAUGAGUUGGUUGAUCGUGUAGAUUUUCUUUACAUGACCGAAUAAAGUACCCUUGAUGAUAAGUUUUCUCAAUCCUCUGUAACUGUUCGCUGGACAGAGUCUAAAGAUUUUCAGGAAUAUUUGAGUAAACACCACUUUGAGAGGCAAAGAGUUACCAAUGUUUUAUAACAACUGUUAACAUCUUUAUCGUUCGCGUCUCGAUGUUACCACCAUCAUUUUUACUUUUACUGUUAUCGUUGAUGUUGUUAUGUUAGUUAUUGGUAGUAACUUUUUUUAACGCAGCCUUGAAGCUUUUUUUUACUAUGUUGAUUUUGUCUUUUAUGAAUCAUUGUUCAUUUUUCCUCAGAGGAAUUGGUGUUUUCAUUAAAAAGCUCCGAAAUAAGGCUGCCUCGUCUAUUCGGCCACCUGUAAAACUGGACAAGGUAUGAGAGGCUGCGUUACCCGUUCAUUAUCUCCUCUAAUAGAUAGUCUCGACUUUUUGCCAUUCCAGGUUUACAAUGUUCUUACAAUAGACUGAAAGUUUUUCCCUGACUAGAAACCCUCUCCUAGUUGUUGAGAAAGUAGGUUAUGUCGCCCCUCGGCCAUGUCGCUUAAGUCACUUCUUUCCCAAGCUGAGUGGUCUCGCCCUCAAUUGCAGUCACAUCGCUCCUAAGAACGAUCAACGUGCAUUGAGCUUGAGUUAGGCCAACCGUUUAUACCCCUUAGUUCUUUUAGGUCAAACAAUGACAUAGGGAGUCUAAUUUUUGGGGCGACGUAAUUACACUUAGGGGCGAGGUCACACAGCUAGGGGGGAGACUUUGCAUUGGGCGACUUGGUAAGGGGCAAAGUGAUCUGUUUCCGCAGAGGAAACUUAAUUUAGGGAUUUUAGUUAAUAACGUAAUGACAUGACAAGUUUGAAAAAUGGCCUUUAUAAAUCUUUUGAUCUUUUUUUCUAGCAAUCACCCAUCCAUUCAUACAUCCGCUGGUUUGAACCGCUCGUAAUCCGUGCCUUGAAGGAAUACACAAUGUCCAGUAAAGUGAUCUUGCAGCAGCAAGUCCUAAGCCUCUUAGCUCAGCUCAUAAAACUUAGAGUGAAUUAUUCUCUACUGGACGCUGAUCAGGUGAGAGCCCCGAACAGAAUUUUUUACUACACAAGAAGAUUAAAGCGAUUUCUAUAGGAUUAUGUUUUCACUUGUUGUCAAGUGCUUUAUCCAAGGUAACAUUUCUUGCUAAAUGCAUGAGCUACGAAAAUGUGUCAGAAGACUUUGCUGCAGUUGAAUUUUUUCUUAUUCCAUCUCGAUUUCCUGCUUAACUCCACUGGAGCGCUUUUCGAUAGUAAGCAGCUUUGGGAAUUUCUGUAUUAAGGUUUUCGGGAAUAAAUGGGUGCGAUUUUGUUUACGCAGGUAUUCAUCAGCUUUGUUCAGAAACAAUUUGAAUACAUUGAUGCAGGCCAAAUAAAGUGAGUUUUUUGUUUAUAUAAAACAUACAGCAGCAUUGACUCUAAAACUGUUACGGAUAACUGAUCCAAAAAACAUUUAACACAAGUCGUUUGUUUCUGAAGAAGCAUUUUCAAAUUGAGAGUCGUAAAACCAAAACCAAAGUAAUCUGGGAUCUUUUUAACCCUUAAACUCCCGCGAUCUGAUCAUUAAUUCUCCCCGCCAGCUUUAACAUACUCCCUUGUUAAACAGUUAUAAGAAUUUGGUUUUAGAUCAAGGUAACAACUGCGUGAUAAGUUUGAGAAUUCUCAUCACCUGUUUGCUGGGUAGUGUGUGGAUAUCACAGGAAGAAGUUACCUGUGAAACACUUCCGGGAGUUAAAAGGUUAAACACUCGAUUGAAAAGUAUUAAGAAAGAUUGUCAUGCUCUGCAUUAUCGUUUUAACCCUUUGACUCACGGGUGUGUAAACACUCGAUUGAAAAGUAUUAAGAAAGAUUGUCAUGCUCUGCAUUAUCGUUUUAACCCUUUGACUCACGGGUGUGAUCAAUAUAUAAAUUCUCCUUACAGUGUUAAUAUACUAAUAAGUAGACAGGUCAUGAGAAUUAGGAAAAUUGACAAGAAUAGUAUAUCUUAAUGUAAUAAAAAAUUAUAAGGAAUGACGCAGAGACUGAGAAAUGUAUGAUUAACAGCGUGGUGAACUGAUUGGCUUUCAGUGAUGUCGAAUUUGCUCUUUGCUUUUUCAUAAUCAAACCUAUUGAUUUCAAUACUCUGUACUGAAUUUCUUAACAGAUCCUGCGACACUUUCCUUCCACACAUCUUCCAGUUUCUUGUGUUACUGUCCUAUGAGUGCUUUCAACCAAAGUUUAAUCAAGCGAAAUCAAUUGUGGGAAUGCCAAGAAUUAUCCAGCUUUGUGAUGGUAUCAUGGCGGGAGGACAGCCAGCCCAAACUCACGGUAUGCACCACCCCAGUGCUUAUGCUCUUCUUACAAUAUUACGCCAGUAAAAAGUGGUUCUUAUUUCGUUUUGGUCGGUUUACUAUUCUUCAGUGAGUUGUUGCCGCUAUAUUUUACUGACCUGCACAGAAGUUUAUAGGGAACCAAUUAUUUACUUACGUAACACUGCUUAAACAGAAAUAAUUGACUUGGUAUUUGACGAAUAAAUUAGUCAUGGCGUGCAGACAUAUUUUUGCAGUCGUGCUUCUAUUGACUAUUUUCAGCGUUUUACUUGGCCAAUUUACUUCAAUUACACCUGAAUUCGAUCGCUCUACAGUUACACUCUUCAUUGGGAAGGAAAUAUCUGCUCCACCUACGUUCAACUGUAAGUCAAAGCCUUCGAAAUGCACACCUUGCGAAUUGAAUUUGAAGCUUCACGCGUUGUUGCGGUUCAUCAAGCUUGGCCAAUUUUGUCUGUGCAUUCUUCUAUCUGGCGAUAUUGCCGUCAAUCCAGGGCCUAAUAAUCUUCAACCACCUGCAGGCUUCAGAGGUUUAUCAGUCUGCCACUGGAACAUCCAACGACUGACUGACACCAAAUUGGAAGAACUAUCGCUAAUGCUCACCUCGAAUAACAACAGUGCUGCUAAACUCGACGUCUUAAUUCUCACUGAGACGUUCGGAUCAAGUAAAAUUCCAAACAGCUAUUACAUGAUACCCGGCUACACAUUACACAGAAAAGAUCGAAUCGGGAAGAAAGGUGGCGGCAUAUUUGCGUAUGUAAAUGAGAAAGUUAUGGCUUUACGUCGAAGAGAUUUGGAACUGGAUGAUCUUGAAACUCUCUGGCUUCAAAUUUGUCCUCAUAAAUCAAAGAGACCGAUUUUGAUAUCUGGUGUUUACCGUCCACCUUCAGCCAACAAAGAUUAUAAUGAGAGCUUGGGUAAAAAUAUUGAAAAUGCCCAUCUCCAAAACAAUGAAUUGAUUAUUCUGGGAGACUUUAAUUUGGAUUAUAUUGAUUUCAACUGUUAUUCAAAACAUUGUCUCGCAAAGGCACUGAACAGUCUUGGACUAACGCAGAUGGUAAAUGGGGUAACAAGACCUGCCUCUGAUGCGUGCUUAGACCAUAUUUAUUCUAGUCAUCCUGCUAGAAUUAGAGAAGUAUCCAUAGGUAAAUCUGGACUUUCCGAUCACCUUCCGGUCACCAUCUUGAGGUGCUACAAAACCAUGGAUGCACAACGUAAACAACAUUCCAAAAUCAAAUACAGAAAUAUCGACAAAAUCAACAAAGAGUGCUUUCUGCGAGACCUCAGAGAAGCCCCUUGGGAUAUCUCCUUUGUUUUUCGAGAUGCCGAUGACAUUGUUGAAUCUUGGUACAAAAUCUUUAAUGACAUUCUUGAUAAUCACGCACCUUUAAAGUCCAAGAGUGUGAAGAAAAUCAAUCAGCCAAAAUGGUUCACUAAUGAUCUAUACAACGAAAUAAAUAAACGCGAUAAUCUUCUAAAGAGGGCCAGGAGAACACAAAAUAAGCAAGAUUGGUCUGCUUUUAAACUGGUUAAAAACAAAGUGACGAGGAAACUAAGAAAUGCGAAGGAACAGUACUUUAAAACUCAGUUCAGUAAAAAUCAAAAAUGUCCAAAGAAACUUUGGUCUUUAAUUAAAGACCUAUCUAAAGAUACAAAGAAUAACGACGACUCCGUCCCUAUUGCUGACGAAAACAACAACUUGAUAAAGGAUGACCAUUCAAUCGCUGAACGCUUUAACCGCUUCUUCGUUGAUGUAUAUAAACGUCUCAUAAAGUCGACACCUGUACUUCAUUAUGAUGCUCUUCCUGGUCCACCAGACAAAUCUAACAGUCAAAUUGAAAAUCUUAUUCCGCAAAUAACUCCUAGUGAGGUUAACGAUUAUCUUCUAAGUAUACCUACACACAAAGCCACGGGAAUCGAUGGGCUUGGUGCCAGAGUUCUAAGGAUUGCAGCUCCUGAAAUAUCAUGCUCCAUAGCUAAAAUUAUAAAUCACUGUAUUGAAACUUGUACAUUUCCCUCACAAUGGAAAAUAGCAAAGGUUAAACCUCUUUUCAAGAAUCAAGGAAACAAGCAAGAUAUUCAAAACUAUCGUCCUAUUAGCAUUUUGCCUAUUCUUUCUAAAGUCUUUGAAAGACACAUCUUCAAUGCUGUGAACACCUACUUAACAGAAAAUUCACUUUUAUACCGCUUCCAAUCAGGGUUCCGUAAAACCACUCCACGGAUACUGCUUUGUUGUUUCUUCUGGACCAAGUCCUUCUUGACCUUGAUAAGAACAACGUCAGCGGCUUAGUUUUUGUGGACUAUAGCAAGGCAUUCGACUUGAUCAAUCAUGACAUUCUCCUGAUAAAGUUAAGAUCAUAUAGAUUUCCAGAUAAUGUUGUAAAAGCUAUUGCAGAGCUAUCUACUCAAUCGCAAACAGUGUGUUACUGUAAAUAACUCGACUUCGUCACAACUUACGCUAACCAAUGGAGUUCCUCAAGGUAGCAUAUUAGGACCUCUACUGUUUUUAAUUUUCGUCAAUGAUCUUCCCGAAGCUGUUGGAUCGGACUCAACUAUUCAUGCUUACGCGGAUGACACCACAUUUAAAGCCAGCGCUAAUAUCGAUAAUGCACCUUUGGAAUUGGAACGACGUCUUCAAGAAUACAUGGAUAAAUUAAGUAAAUGGUCUAGCGAAAAUGGGAUGGUCCUAAACGCCGUUAAAACCAAUGCAUUACUUAUCACCGGAAAGAGGCUACAUUCAUCAUUAGCGGAAGGCAAUCACCUGUCAAUAACCCUUGAUGGGGCCGAAAUAGAACAAGUAACUUCUUAUAAAUUGCUUGGUGUAACACUCGAUCAAGAUCUUACAUUUAGCGACCACAUUUCUAGUCUAAAGGCCAAGCUUUCUCAGCGUAUUGGUUUAUUGAAGAAGAUAAAGAGGUACCUUCCAAUAAAAGAAAGACUCUUAUACUAUAACGCCUUGAUUAAACCCGUCCUUAUGUAUGGGAGCAUGGUUUGGAAUAUCUGCGACGCUAAAGAACUCCACUGUCUCCUAAGGUUACAGAAAAGGGCUGCCCGAGUAAUCCUUGGAGUUGACUCUUAUUCUAGAAGUGUUAUAAACUUUAGUAAACUAGGCUGGUUGCCUUUUUUUGAUGAAAUCAAACUAAAUAAGUGUACAAUGAUUUUUAAGAGCCUUAAAGGCGAUGUUCCGAUUUACAUCAGAGACUUGCUCAAGACGAACAGUUCUGUACACAAUAGGUCUACUAGACAUGGCAAUUUAAAUUUAGUGUGUCCCAAAUACCUAAGAAAUAACGAUGGUGGCAAGGCAUUCAGUGUUGACGCAGUUAAGUUAUGGAACAGCCUUCCCCAUAAUAUCAAAAAUAAGCCUAGUAUAAAACUAUUCAAAACAGCUGUGAAAAAGUAUUUUAUAAGCUCAUAUAGAAACCUGGACAACUUUGAAACAAUAUUAAGCAAUAGCACAUUAUCUAAUUUUAAUUUUUUAUAAAUUAAUUUUAUCUUUCUGAAUAUUUUUAAUAUAUCCUGCUAUUUCUAUCAUAGAAUUUUGUAAUUAUUUGUAUAUUUAUCUAUUUAUUAGUAUUAUUUUGUAAUGCUGUAUAAUCUAGUUAGAGGGCCACAGGUUUGUCAGCUUUUCAGCUGUUACGUGUCCCCCUCUAUAAAUAAAGUCCUUAUUAUUAUUAUUAUUAUUAUUACAUUGUUAUCAGGAACAUAAUGAGAUCCUGUCUAGCCUGAUUUUACCCUAGACAUACGUUGCUUGAGAACCAUUUCAGCUUGUUGGCGAAAAUCUUGUGUUGUUAUUUUCGGGAUCUUACUUUUCGUGAUAAUUAUAUUUUCAGCCAUUCCAGCUUUACAACCAAUAAUCCAUGACUUGUUUGUACUGAGAACUGCUAGUGGUAGUGAAAUCGGAGAAGAUCUGGAAACCCAAAGAGAAGUUGUCGUCUCAAUGCUGCUUCGUUUGGUGCACUAUCCCGAGGUAGGAUGGAAUGUCAGUUGGUUGGUGAGACGAUCAGAUAGUAAGACUUUAGAUCAGGCAUUUGGUUGGUUAGUUUGUAGAUUAUUAAGCCAAUUUCUGUCUUUCCGCAUUCAGUUAGUCAGUCAGUCUGUCAAUCAGUCAGUCGGUCACUUAAUUGCUUUUGUCAGAAAGACAGGAGACUGAUCUUCAAUUAUUUGGCCUGCCAAUUAGUUGGUCAAUCUGUUACUUAGUCACUCAGGCAGUCAGCCAGCUAGUCAGUCAGUCAGUCAGUCAGUCACAAUUGCUUUUGUCAGUCAGACAGGUGACUGAUCUUCCAGUGAACUAGGACAUUUAAGAGGUAUUGUCUGGUAAAAAGGAGCUAAAACUCAAAGUGGCUUAAAAUGUUAUUUUACUUACAGGUGCUAGAAAUGCUGGUUACAGUUUUGAACUGCUACCAGCGAGAUGAAGUCAAGUGGAAGGACCUAUCGGGACAAAUCAUAGACCUGCUCCUUCCUCUUCUGGCAAACCAGAAGGUAGAAUUGUUAGUUCAAAUUGACAAUUAGUUUGUGAAACAAUGAAGUUUAUGACUUCAUUUUUCACCUCAACUUGUCUCAAUCAAACAAAUAAGCGUUUAGGAUGAAAAAAUUGCUAAAUUUCUGAGUGAUUAUCACUCCGUUCUUAUCAAUACAGGUCCACGUUGAAUCAGAGUAUGGUAUUGAGAUGUUACAAGCUGUGUUCGCCGCUGUUGCCCCUGGGUCAUUAUGGCCAGUAGAUGUGCUCUUGAGGGUUUUGUUUUCCAGCUUUGAUCAGGUGUGAAACUGUUUUACAAAUUGUGUUAUGUACAUGACGCUAUCGAUGUUGCUUAUCCUAGCAGUAUACAGGGUGCUUGUUACCAUCGAGUUCUUUGUGGAUCAGUGGAAGAGCAUCGGACCACAAAACUAAAGGCAGUUCUAAGGUUUAGAUCGUCGCGGGUCAAUCAGAUUUCUUUUUCUUUGUUACAAAUCGGAAAUCAACUUUCUCUAUUUGUCGGCUGCACCAGAAAUUUACCUUCUUUCUUAAUUUGUUUCCUAAAGUUAAACUUUGAGCGAAUUUUUUGCUGAUUUAAGUAAAAGGAGUCUUUUUUUCCUUGCUCAGAGAGACAUAAUUUUUCUGCUGCACCGCUAACUAGAUUGCAGUAUUAAUAGCAAAUCAGCCUCUCAACAGUUUUUAUUUUUCAUAUCUCGCUGAACUCUCCUUUUCCAAUUUUAGUUAUUAGCUAUUUUUCCCUCUUGAAUACUUCUUUCUUAACACAGUCGGAUGCAUUCAAGCGUUGGUUAGCUACAGUACUUGUGGUAUUACAAACUCUCAUGGCACAAGUAACAGAAGACAUCCUUCUGUCGAGAAUUGACCAAUCGGGAUUUCGACCUAGAUGUGUCAACAUGAUGGACAAACCUUUGCUACCCAUUGAAGUGAGUAUGAGAGUCGGCGAGUUGUGAAGAAAAUACGUGGAAGAGGAGGGGAAGUAGUUAUGCGAUCCCAUCAUUCUUCACUCCUUUUCUCUGAUCCCCAUAAGAUUGCAGUGAUCGUAAGUAUCACAAGAAAAUCGGCCGUGAGAUCUUAAGAGAACUGGGACACGCUGGAGUUCUGAACAUGUACACUAACCUUUCUCUAUCAGUUUAUCCCAUGGGACGUUCCUUGGAGGUCCCUUCUUUAGAAAAUUCUUCCUUUGACACCAAUCCACAAGCUUCUUCAAAUAGCAUUUUGAAAGGAUCAUGUCGCUUUCCUGUCUCCCUCUCCGUCUCUCUCCUUCUAUUUUCCCAUUUACCCAUUCUACAUGGCAAUUUUUCCAAUGAGGUUCUUGUUUAUCUUAAAAUGUGUUCAUUUUGUGUUGUUUUGUUUUUCAUUUUUACAGGUUUUCGUAAAGUUCCUCUUUUACGUUGUUGAAACAAGUGCCAACCAUGUUAACAUGGCAACAAGAAACUCCCUAGUAAACUUGAGAUCACCAAGCGAAGAAGCCUUCUUAUUGAAACUGUUUGGCAGCUUGCUUUCAUGUGUUACACAUCUGUUAAAAUCAGGUUUGUAAAAAUAGCUGAAGCGAAAUGCAAUAUGAAGAGAACGCUUCUCUAGCUGACCAUAGGAUCUUUUUCCCAUUUGUGCAAGACAAGCGCAAGCACGAGCACAGGCAACUUUUCUUUGAGCGUGUUCUUGUGUCUGUGAGUUAUGGAGAAGUAUUCUUGUCUCAAACGGCGUGGGAGUUAGCUUGCAUUAAUCCCUUGACCCCUUAGAGUGACUAGCAUCUAAUUUCUCCUUACAAUAUCACCUCAGAAUCACAUAUAAAGGUUACGAGAAUAAAGAAAUGAUCACCAAAUGAAGAAGCUCUUGAUUGUUGAACAAACUCUUCUUGUCAACACCUUUGAAUAUGUACAGAGAACAGUAUGAAGAAUAUGCAUAGUGAUGUUAGAGCAGAAAGGAUCAAGGACACCACUGAGUAAUUUGAUAUUGCCCUGGACCACUCUUUCUGUCAUUGCAUCUCUGUUUGUGCUUUCAAUAUCGUACCACAAAUGAUAAUUUUAUCAUGACAAGUAAAAUUUCUCUGUUGAUGUUGUUAGCAAACUUCAAGAAAGUGUCCCAGUUAGCAUCUUCGUCACCCAUCAUCCAUCCAACUGUGGACUUAGUCAAUGAAAAUUUGUCUCAUCUUGUGGACACCCACCCAGUUCUGGUUCUACAGUGGUGUCAUGUGUUGAGACAACUGAAGUACACGGACACACAGUUCUGGUUUGGGUUCCUUGACACAGGAGUACGUUUGAGCACUGGUAGGAAAAGCAGAAAAUUGCACUGUUUUUCUCCCAGCACCAGCUAAGAGACUCCUGAAUGUUUGUUUGCCAUUAACUGAUUGACACAGAUCCAUGGUCCUAGUUAAAAAUUUUACAGAAGCAUCCAAAACCAAUUGUAGCUCUUUCAGAGUAAGGAUAGACGAUAUUUUAUUGUCUUAUAUUUUCUACAACAGCAGCAGCAACAACAACAACAACAACAACAACAACAACAACAACAACAACAACAACAACAACAACAACAACAACAAUAAUAAUAAUAAUUAUAAUAAUAAUAAUGAUAUGUAUUAUAUUUUAUCGUCUCAUGGGUAAGAGUUCACGUACAAGUCUCUCGAUUCUUGUUAAUUCUUGUUCUUUUUUUCGGUAGCCUCUGGUAGCAAUAUUGAACUGGAGGGCCCGACGUUGAAUAAAGAUGUGACUCGAUCGGGAGUGAUACUGAUCUACUGUGACCUGCUUAUAACACAGCACAUGGUAUGUUUACUCUGAUGAAUAACUGGGAUGCGUUUUAUUACAGAAUGGCAUAAAUGUGAGUUACCUUAUUCUGUGGAGAUUUUUCACAUAAAGCGCGAGAGAAAAAUAGUUAGUCUUCCCUGAAAAAUGUGGCGUAAUUUUUUCAAGUUUAUUUUUGCAGUCCAUACGGUUUUGUCAAUCUGGACACAUGUAACUUUCCUCGUUCUUGGUGUUUGAUUAAUCUUUUGUUUUUGCUCUAUUUUCGAAACGUCUCGGGGAAGCUGUUUUAGCGCCAGUAACCUUCAAUAAGUAGCUGGCUACAAAAUGUAAAUUAAGCCAGAUUUAACUCGGUGGCGUGUAACCUUGGUUUAGGAUUGAAAGGAAAGUAAACAGCAAGAGAAUGUGAAACAGAAUUAAUCCUGCUUAAACAAGAUCUCUUUUUCAUGCGCACCAGGAGCAGGGAUCAUUGGAUCAGUCUCAGGUCGGGACCCUGCUAAGGAUGUCCCUAGAGGACCUCGUACAGAUGACAGAUGAACCACCCAUACAGGGGUUUCUAAGGUAAGCCGUCUUUGUUUUUGAAAAUCUUUUUUGAUAUUCAUGCAUUAUUGUCUCCUUCAGGAAGUACCGUUUAUAGAGGAAAGCUCGUUGAAUAUGUGAAUUGACUUUAGUAAUGUAUACGGGUGAGUGAAAACAUCUCCUUUUGUCAUAGGAAGUUGAAAAAUUUGACUUUGGGGACAGAAACUGCGCUCUGUGGGGAAAUUCUAACUAUAUUACCAAGAAACAAUUGCCAAUUUUGACAAUCGUCAGUUGAUAGACCACUACACUCUGUAAUUAAAUGACACUCCUUAUUUGCCCAGCCGAUUGUACUCAAAGACUCCUUGUUCUGUUGUUAAAUCUCAGCAUUCUGUACAGUACUCACGAAGGAAGCAAGCUUCUGUUAGACUCAUUUAAUUCUUCGAGAGCUCUACAUGAAACAGUAAAACGGGUAGGCGUUUGAUAUUAUUUAAGGUUGUGCGAUAAUUCUUAAAACCUUGGAGGUUCAGCACUCUUAGUUAAAUAGAACGCUUUUCGAAUGAGUGUCGUUAAACCAGUUAUCACAACUGCCGAUCAGAACUAAGAAAAGCAUCGCAACGAGUCCUUAAGACUUAAAGUAAAAACAAGCCACUACCUAAAGCGCGAGAAAAUGUGAAUAACUUAGCCGUGAUUAGUUUUAGCUUUGCAUCUCAUUGGUUGAGAGAUUGGCAGAAGUUUUCCACAGCAUUUACAGAGUGUAGUAAAGCAAGAUCAAUGCAGUCCAAAUUUUCUUUCAAAUCACACCCAAGUGUCAUUUGUGAUAAUAUGAAAAGUUGAGCGCAAACCCAGGAUAUGUCAUAUUAAUGAAAACUCAAUAAUAAGGCACUCUUGAUAAAUAAUUCACUCUACUUUAACCGGAUUCAUGGAUUACCUGUCGCUCUUUGCUUUCUCCAGCCAAGUCUUGUGCGUGAUUUAAUGAACUGCCUGAAGGGAGUGCAUCAGUCACAAUCGGUUUACCUUAUCAAGAUACUGGCGGAGUAUUUCCUCAACUCAACUCAUCAGUCGGUUGCAAGAAUGGCAGAACGUUUGAUUUGCAAGAAGUUGGAGAUAUGUAUCGAUGGACAGAAAAUGGUAAAUCAUGCUUUCUGUCAAUUUUAAACAAUAGAACUGUUUUUCUGUGCAGAGUUUGAAGACAUUACGCUCAAAAGUGUUGGCAUCUAAAAACAUCUGAGCAACGAAAAACUCCUCUUACAUUAAGUUAAAGUGCUCGCCCUUACAGUUAGCUUGCAUUUAAAGUCUGUAUACUACAUUUAGCUUGUCUUUGUUUUUAUUAGGCACCAUCCCAGGAACUCGUAGAGGAUGAAUUAAGAUCAGUUUGUCAGUUGAUAGCGUCGAAGAAGGAAAUAACUAGGUAAUGAUAAAAGAAAAUUUUAAAUUUCCCCUUUUAUAGUUAGUAGAGUUGGCCAUCGGAAAUCCACAAAGUCGCGAAACAUUAAUCCAAAAAUUAAAUUAGGAUGAACAUCAUAUAAUUCUCGGAAAGUCUUUCCAAUUGCAGCCACUUCUCGUGCUCUCCAAUUUAAACUUUAAAUUUUUAGCGUGCAGUUUUUAGUACUUAAUCCUACGCUUAGACAGUUACCAAAAAACGCAGCAGUCACUUGGUAUGGUUUGAGCUAGACCUUAGGUAAUCUUAGUCUUUGAACAGAAGAAAAGCCCGGUAAAACCUCGAACAAUCCAAAGUCGUUCGUCAUAUCGCUCUGACGAAGGGCUAACGCUCGAAACGUCAACCUUUAAACUCUUUAAGAUGGCUAAUUUACAUUCAAGUUUUCAACUCAGUUGUUCACGCUAAAUUACCUGUUAAACUCUCCUACCGCCGCAGUAUCACAGUUUCUUCAGAAACUUAACCCCUUUAUCCUAUAAUGUUAUCUUGUUUUUAUCUUUUUAGAAAUCAAACGUUGUUGUCGUUGGUAACUAAAAUUCUCCCCUCAAGUUCACCUGUGGAAAGGGAUAUGCCUUGCAAUGAAGAUCUGGCUUCGUCUAUGAAAAACUACACGAUUGAUCAGGUGACUGUGUAGAGGAGGCUUUUCUACGAAACGUUUUUGUUUAAAUUUGCCAUCGUUCUUUCACAAAUACUGCAAUCUGAUUAAGUUUUGAACGACUAGUAGAUUUUUAAGUAUGAAAGCGGUCUUCGAAGUUAUGAACACUACUUAGGCAGUAACGAAAAUAAGGCCUAAAAAAAUGGAGGCCUGUAGUCAUGAACACUACUGAAGCAGUAACGAAAAUAAGGCCUAAAAAAAUGGAGGCCUGUGGUCAUGAACACUACCUAAGCAGUAACGAAAAUAAGGCCUAAAAAAAAUGGAGGCCUGUAGUCAUGAACACUACUUAAGCAGUAACGAAAAUAAGGCCUUAAAAAAAUGGAGGCCUGUACGGAAUUUGAACCCAUGACCACUGCAAUACCGAUGCAAUGUUCUACCUUUUUUUUACGUUUAAAAAAUUAGACUUUGAGCUCAAGAUUUCUAUGCAUAAUAGCUGAUUAGGGCCUCGCCCUCAUCUAACUUUUAGUCAUACAUACUUUCGCAAGUUAUGUGUGAAAUUUAUGAUAUGACAUAUCUUAAUACUUAUUGCUUUGCUCCGAGCUUGGAGCGGUGUAACUCAUCUUGUGCAGCGCUGGAGCGGUGUUUUGUGGGAAACUUAUUCAAUCCGUCUCAACAUUAUCUUUUCAGGCUUGACUAAAUAUUUCAAUUGCAAUUUACCUGCCCCUUAACUUUCAAAAUCUUGAUAUUUAUUCUCCUCAAUGAUUGCCUCACAUUUCUUUUAAUGUUAGCUCUAAGAAGUUGGUUUUUAAUCAAAUGAUAUCCCUUGGUUGAUAGUUGUCUUUAUUAUAAUCACUUUUCUGCGAGAGAUCAACCAACUCCUUUCAGUCGGUGUACUGGCGUAACUGUCCAAGCGGAUAGCACUCAAACAGUUCGAAAAUCACUGACCACCUGCUUGAGCUCAACAAACUGUUCUUGCGCACAUCUGCAUUGGUUAUUCCUUUUGUAAACCGACAGAAAGUACUGUUUACAACCUAAAAAAUCUGGUGCGUGAAAACUGAUCUUCAAUCUUUGUCUGUACUACAGGAAUGGUUUUUCCGACUUGCUCAGCAAUGCUGUUUUGCUGCUCGUCCAAUGGACCAGAGGAACGGAGCCAACGUUAAACCUGAGGCGAUUCAGAUGCUCAGUGUUCUGAAUGCAAAGGAAGUUUCUUUUGUCAUAAAUCACGAGGUGUGUGCUUAAAAACAGAGCCGGCGUUAAUGUACAGGAUGGUGUACAGUGAACGAUCGGAAUUUUGAUUCAGCCAAAAAGUUUUGAAAUAAAGUUUUUAACCGUUAUGUAACUGACUUGCUAAGAUAUUUCCUUUCUUAUUUCUUGUAGAACUUUGACAUCUCUCUGCUUGAAGAAUGUAUAUCACUUGGAAUCGAAAGAACUCUUCUGUUGACCUCGAGAAGGCAGAACGGAGAGGUAAUUUGUACUACUUGUAACUCUCGUGAAGCAAGAAACUAGCGACAUAGCAGAGUGUUUUUUGUUGUUGGCAUUGAAUCUGAGUGCUUUUCGAUUGAGUGUCACGAAAAGAAAACCCUAGUACUCGCCAUGACCAAUCAGAACUACUGUGAAAUCACAGGGUGCCAAUGAGAACGUAAAUUAAAGGAAGGUAACGGCUUUAAGGGCGGGAAAACGCCAGUGACCAAGUCAGGAUUAGUUUUGCACCUGAUUGGUUGGUAGGUUGUGGGAGUCUUCCGAACAAAUCACAGAGCAGUGUGAAGUAAAAGCGAUGCAAUACUGGGUUACAUUCAACACUCAGUUGAUAAAAGCGUAAAUACCCUUAAUCCUGCUUGAGGUUGUAAUUGGUUUCUGCGACCUUCAUUUGGUUACGGGAGGUCUGAAAAUCUUAAAAAAUUCAACAAACCAGCAACCAAGCUUCUUACUAGUUGAAAUUCGUAACUACUGGUAUGCCGUUUUGAUCAGCGACGUUUGCCCCUAGUACGCUCCUGUGAAAAGAAGUAAACUGCGAACAAGCCAACACUUUUGCCUUUUGGUCUUAAAGAGUAUUUGCCAUUUUGUGUAUUUCUCAGUAAAAUCUAUCGUGACCUAAUUAACGUUUCUCUUUUCCUUUCCAGAACGUACCAAGUAAUUUACUUAACAAUGCAGAGUACUUUGAAAACCAUGACGUCGAUCAAUUAUUGCUUAUUUCCAAACUCGCUUUAUUUUCCAAAAUUGAACAAGUUGGAAAGGAUGUUAUUACAACGAGAACGUUCAGAGGUAAUACUAACAUGACAUUUUUUUAUUUUAUUGAGAGAACUUACUCAUUAGAACGUGUGUAUAGUAAAUAGAGCAACAGUAGCACAUUUAAGUCUCCCUUUAACGAUCACUCUUAGUGCAGGAAAAGGUGGUCGCUUAAGGGAGCUUUUCGUUUAACUUUGGCUUUCAAGAUCCUGAUAUCAAGUCUUUCUAUUAUCAGUCACACUUAAAUUUUAAUCUUAACUCCGAGAAUCUGGUGUAUGAUAAAAAAUGUCCCAAUGGAUAUUUUCAUUUAUUCUGUUCACCUGCUUGAAAAUGUGUUGAUAUUUUAAGGAGAAAUUCCUUCUUGAUUAUUCCUGGAAGUGAAAAGUAUAAAGGAAAUGUUAAGGUAAUAAGCCAAAUAUUGCUUGGGUCGUCUUGUUAUUACCAUGAUGGAAAAAAAGUAUUCUCGAUCAGGUGAUAUUCAAGAGAGUGCUACUCGCCUGGUCGUGAUUAAAGUUUUUCUUUACAUAGUCUUUAAAAAUAUUUUAGCUUAUUUCAGACUUUGAAAUCAUCGAGGAAACAUUUUGCAACUGUGUCGUCUUUGUUUAUUACCACAGAUAAUGAAAAUUCAACAAAGCUGCAGUGUUUCCAGUUAGCUUCUGAUCGUCUGUCAGCUCUCUGCAAUGAUGCUGAUUGGUGCAAAAAGGUCACGUCCCUUGCAAAGGCUCUUGUGGCCUUAGCUGGUGCAAUUCCGACUCUUCCUAAGCAUUGUAAAAUCCCCGAAUCUGGCCAAGAAACGCUUUUUCAGUUUGUUUUCGUUCCAUUGGCGGUAAGUGACAAUGUUAAUAAAAUUAUUGGAUUUAUGUUCAGGAGGGGAAAGAGGGGGUAGGGUUGUCAUUGUGUUGUGUCCUUAGGUGGGACUGCUAACUCUGACGUUUCCUUUCUCCGCCUGGGUGUAUAACUGGGUACCUGCGAAAUACCUCGGGUUAACCUUGCGAUGGACGAGCAUCCCGUUUGGAGGGGAGGGGAGGGGAGGGGAGGAGGAUAGAAGUUCUUCUUAUCACUUUUUGCUAUUGAUGCCAAAAUAAGUUGUGGCUGGAAGACCUUUCUGGCUGGUAAGCUGACCUACCUUUUUCCUUCAUAUGUACGGAUGAUUAUGGUUGUGCCAUAGCUUAUCAUGCCUCUAGUCUUGAAACAUGACGAUAAUGUGCUUCAUAUAGCAAAAAGAUACUGAUGAUUUGAAAUACCUUGAAACUUCAAAGGUGUUGAUGUUACGAUUUUGGAUUCUCUUGUCCAAUCUCUUUUUUUAGAUGGUACAUUGUUCCCUUGUAAAUGGUAAACGUCCAUGUUCCGUUGAACUGAAGUCUAAUCUUGAAUGUCUGGCUAAGGUAAUCCAGUUUCUACUAAAUGGUAUAAUGUUUUUGUAACUUAGUUUGAAUCUUGACAUUACUCAUUAAAACAGUUUUUGAUACUUCGUGUUACUUUUGGAGAAGAACUUAAUAUUUCUCCUUUAAAACAAAUAAUAAGCUUGUACCAUAGGCGUAAUUUUUAGUGUGCUAUUUUCUCUUCAGGAUGUCUUUUAUGAACAAACCUUUGUAUGUGUUUGCGUAUGUGUGUAUUUUUUCUCACGGCUAGGAAACCAAAUUUUCUCAAUCACAGGCCUUUUUGGGAAACCCUAGUACCAGCUACGUACCAAUCCAAUCUCAAUGAGCGACAGGAAUUUUUUGUAGCUUUUCCCUGCUUAUCCAGACUUUUCAGCCAGUUCUCUUUUAGCAUGGUAAUUUGCUGAUAUUAACUGAGUUGAUAAUAAAAAGUGGCCACCGUAAAGAGUUUUUAAGCUGACAUUUUGCGCAUAGGUCUGGGAACAGUAGUUUAAAGAUACUUAGUUCAGUCACCAUCACGGGGGAAUGGAUAUUUACAGAGGCGAGCGAUUAGUGAUUUACUAACUAGUUUUGCUUUUCUUUUUUGUGGGAAUUUACAGUACCUUAAUCUUGAUUGCGCAAAGAGCAUUGGGAAACUUGAGUUCUUUCCGUUGGUUUGUUCUGCUAUUAAUCACGUUCACGUGCUCUUAAAUGCAGGUAAGCAUAACAGGAGUUAAGUGCACUAGGUUUGUAUUAGCAUGAUAUAGUAAAUACAGCUGUCGUCAUUGGCUACUGGAGAUAUAGUCAUCUCCAUCUUUCUGCAUUGUACUGUGGGAAGUUUAGAUAACUGUAUCUAAUGUGGACAGUAGUACUGUAAAACGUGUAGAUGGCAGUACCGGCUGUUGACGAUGCAGAUUGUGGUACUUACUUAAGGCAGUGUCGGUGAUGUGUACCAUAGUAUUUUAAAGUGGUCAUAUGGGUUUUUGAUUCUUCUGAACUCAUUCGAAGAUUGCGUGAUGCGUGACCUGGGCUGUUGUAGCGAUUGAAGGGAAUGCAUAUACCCGAAGCUAGGACGGCAUAUGCAUAUACAGUCAACUCUCGCCUUGCGGACACCUCGCUAUCACGGACACCCCCUCAUUGGGGACGGGAGCCAGCCCCCCGGCGUAACGCAUAAGGAAAUGACUGAAAGAAACUCCCGCUAUUACUGAAUCUCGCUAUUACGAAAACGCGAACACUUCCAUGCCCCCCAGUGCAACAUUUUACUCGUUCUUUCUUUCACUGUAACUGACACUCGAGUGCCUCGUCGAAAAUCCUGACUCACGUAAUAUAAAGCCACAUUACGAUAAAGGAAAAAUAAAGAAACCACUCUUGAAUUGGGUGCGAACAUGAGAAUUUCCUGCUUGCGGCUGGAUCUUUUUCUGGCUCGUGAGGCCAAGUUGGAAACGUUAUGUUUGCGUAAUUACAUAUUCUUUCUCGCGUACCCGUUAUUACGAACUCACGCUAUUACAGACACUAAACUCUCCCCAAGGGUGUCCGCAAUAACGGGAGUCAACUGUAGUCACUUUGUCUGAAACUCAAUGUAUUUUGCGCAUAUAUAUGAUAAAGAAUGUGCUCGAAUGAAGGUCUUUUCGGAUUAGUUUGAGAUUGUUAUCAAACUUCUGAUGUUCAUUCUGUUUUUUUAGUUGAUGGUAGUGGUGACAAUGACGAGGAAGGCUUCUUUACUGAUCAAAUUAAAGUUGAUAUGGGGGAUGAAGGUAACAGACAUUUUAAAACUGUGAAUCGUCGAAUCAUCGCCCCCCCUCGGAUUAACACUCCUCCUUAACUGUUUUUCUGUUAUUUUUAUUUUAUGGAAUGAGCACUGAAACUAAACGAGAUUUAUAAUGGUAAUUGAGGUUUAUCAUUACUAGUCCGCGCUCUUGUAGCGCACUGGUUGCAGCUUGUGAGUAGGGUAAGUUUUGAAAAUUAUCACCAGCACUAACCGAGCAAGCAUGAAAAUUUUAGAGUCAGUGCUCAAAUCCUGGAAUAAGCACGCCCGUCUUAUUCUAAGUGUGUAUUUGUUGCACACGCAACCAUUUCACUCCCAAGUUCUCAUUAAUGAUUCUUCUUACUGUCUGCCAUACAAUUCUAUUUUUUUUUUCCUAGAGAAUUUGGUAUUGGAUCCACUUAUUUUCCCCUAAUUGAUUUUUGUCUUUAUUAUCGUCACUUGUCUGUUUGAUACUAUUAAUAUUAUGAGGAGAAAUUCCUUCUUGGUCACGCAUGGGAGUGAAAGCGUUAAGCAUGUAACAAGUUGAAUGAAUUCGUAUCUGCUUUCUUUGACUCGUAGGAGUUCAGAUUGCUAGGAAAGCUUGUGGAGAAAUCUCACAGCUGAUCCACCGGCUACUGACCAUCUUGAAACCAGGAUCAGUUCAAAAACCCUCCCUGUCUCAAUUCCUAUUGCGUCCUUUUCAAGACAUCAUUGUUGGUUUAGCGAGGCAACCUCUUGUUAAUAGCUAUGCGCGCACCCUACCUUUGGUGUGGAAGAUGGGCUGGGCACCAGUCCCUGAAGGGCCUCUUAAAACAGAGCUGCCUCCUUUACCGAUAGAGAUCUUGAAAGAGAAAGAUGUCCUGGAUGAAUUCGUAAAAAGGGUUAAUUUGAUUGGUAAGGUUUAACUCUGGUUACCUGUUCCUGACUUGUCUUGUGUUGGUUUUUUUUUUCCAACUACUAUGACUAUUUUGGUGCUAAGUGGCCAAGUUUUCGUUUCGCUAGUAUCUCGCACACUGUUGAUUGCGUCUUAUUUCAUUGUUUCGAUAUUAUCUCCCACUUUCUGCUUAUUCUGUAUCAUUCAUUUGUUUCGUUAGUAUCUCUAAUAACCUGCGCAGUCUGUUGAAUCUGUUUCAUUCAAUGGUGUCGUUGGUAUCUCGUGCAGUCUGUUGAUUCAAACUCAUUAAUUGUUUCAUCAGUAUCUCGCGCAAUCUGAGGAUUUUGUUCCGUUCAAUUGUUUUGUUAGUAUCUCGCGCACUCUGAGGAUUCUGUUUCAUUCAAUUGUUUCCUUAGUAUCUCGUGCAGUUUGUUGAUUCAGUUUCAUCCAAUUGUUCUCAAGUAUCUCGCGCACUCUGAAGAUUCUGUUGUACUUAAUUUUUCGUUAGUAUCUCCCGGAGUCUUUUGGUUCUGUUUCAUUCAAUUGUUUUGUUGGUAUCCCGCGCACUCUAAGGAUUCUGUUUAAUUCAAUUAUUGAUGCGCAGUUAUCGGCUGCUAGUGAGAAAGGUAUUUUGGGUCUUGAUAAGUUGGUACUUAAAAAAAUCCUGGUGUGUUGCUUUUUGUUGUCAGGGUGGACCUCUAGACAACAGUUUGAAGAAACAUGGGCUGCCCUUCUCGGUGUGAUCAGUUCACCACCUCUACCAGAUACAGUUUCAACAGAGGUUUGUUUAAUAUUUGUUUUUCUCUAGUUGUACAACAUUGAAAUCUGUUGAGAAAAGAUCAUGCACUCUUGUUUAAUUCUUUUAAGAUGAAGGCCCAAUUUGGUCCGAAUUUUACGCUCUCAGUGAACCACGACUAAAUUCGAUUUCAAGCACUUCCUUUCAAACUUUUCAUUGAGUUGUAAAAGUCCAUGGUGAUAUAGGUUAGCAACUUUCGCUGACUUUCCUUCAGAACCUUGCAUGUCAUCGCGAAGAACGCUGUGGAAGCCUGAGAUAGGUUACAUGCAUGGUUCACAUUUUUCUUCUGCUGAAUUGCAAAUGUAUUUCAAAGGUUUGUCUGCGAAUAUUGCUUGUCGUCCUACCCAUAUAAUGUUAGAUUUUUCGUUAUUCUUGUAAUCAUACUAGCUGCUGUCACGAAAGGAUCAUUCGUUUAAUUUGUGUUUUUCUGACUAUGAAUUCUUUUCUCUUAGUAAUGCUUAACCACUGUUUUUGACUUUAUUAUUAUUUGAUCGUAUGCUAAUUUUCGGAAUAAGGGCAGUUGUAGCCAACAACCUUUUAGGUUAGGGCCAGCAAACUGUGAACUCUUUUACUCUUAGGUGCAAUCAAUGAGCAGUGUCCCCUGACUAGAUUAACCCUUUAACUCCCAGAAGUGAUCAAUAUGUUACUUGUUCCUACAAUAUACAUAUAUUAUCCAGCAAAUAGGUCAUGAAAAUACUCAAACCUAUGUGGUAUAAGGUUGUCAUCUUGACCUAACACUAAAUUGUCGGAACUAAUGUACAGGUAAAUGAGUAGCAGCUAGACAGGAGAAUUAAUAAACAGAUCUGGGAGUUAAAGGGUUAAUUCAUCGUUAAGCAAAACAGUGUUUAGUAGAAUUAAAAUAUAAAUUCAAGUCUCUGUGCUAAAAUACAAGAAAUGUACGUCUGGCAGCGAGGAGAAUUGAUUUUGAGACCGUGAGCGUAAAAAUGGGUACCAGCAGCACUAGCGAAAGUUCCGCAAUGAAUUUUGGGUCUCUCAGCCUCCCUCUGCAACGACCUAACAGUAUAUUCCGCGUUCAAAUUCCGACAGCCCCAUAAUUUUUUCUUUUGUAGUUGUAAGUUCAUACCCGCUUUUUUCGUUACUGCACUGUAGGAGGAUAUGGAGUCGACGCAUUCCUGCUGCCUGGCAGUCCGCUGUAUCUCAGAAUUGUUGCUUCAGACCACUCUUUACCCAGUCCCGGGAAACCCAAGCGCAAGUGCUUAUCUACACAGACCGAGACACAGGGAUCUGCCUUUCCUGGGAAGCAGGUGAGAAUGCUGAGUGUAUCGAAACAUUGAACCUUUGUCCAAACAACACAGUACUUGGGGAUUACAUCGGUGUGAUUUAUCGCACACUGACUGUUCCCAAAAGACACAACAAAAAUUGCGUUUUAUUGCGCUGAUGUCGGUGGGCAUGGUUUUACUCAGAGUUUCCUGUUAUACCCUACAGUAUUUUUCAUUCAUUUUUCUGGUCACGUGCUAUGAUUACUAGGAAUUGUAGUUGUACCACGCCCAAUCGAAGGAAAGUCUCUCCUGUUUGGAAGAAAACGUUAUUUAAAGAAAUUUCUUUAAUUGAACGUGACCCGUUACUUCGAUUCCCUGGGAAUUAGAAAUUAUGAAACAGGAGAACAGUCUGUUCCAUUCGUUUUUCGUGUGAUAAAAAUUAGGGGAAGAAGUAAAGUGUGACGGUUGAGUGAAAUGUAUAAUUGAUAAAAAUCGCUCUCAUCUUGUUUCAAUUUAGGGCAGGGAAGAAACUUACGUUUGUUAGGGGCAUGAUUGAGGAGGAAUUUGUUUCCUUGUGCUGUACAGGGUAAUUAUUGUAGAUUUUCUCCGGUUAUUUUUUAUCUUAAACACUUUGAAGAAGAACCAUAAAUUUGUGAGCAAGUAAGGAUGGUUGUCAAACUGUUAGUUGACCCCUUGACGACUCGAGGUUAUCAAUGUGCAAAUUCUUCUCAUAGUUUUUCAGUACACUGUGAAGCAGACGGAUUACGAAUAUGAAGGAAACUAUCAACUACGGAUUAAUGUCCUGAUGGCGAAUAUAAAGGAGAGUUUUCCUCCAAGUGUUUAGUGGAAUCAGCUUUAAUAUCGUUACUUUGAGAGGGUUCGGGUCUCUUCUUUUGCUUUUUAUUUACGGAGAUGGUGGCGUUUGAAAACUUCUAGAUAUGAAUUGCUUUACUCUUAUACAUGCCAAUGUAAAUCCUCAUACAUAUCACUUGAAAACAUAACAGCUACUCUAAACUUCUUGGUUUCUAAAGACUUCAAAUUAUUAAAGAGAACUGGAUUGGGUGUUACAAAAUAUAUAUGUAUUAAUAAUGCAUCUACAGCAUGGCAGACAUCAUCAUUGUAGGAUGGUAACUUCUAUGCUAUUUUGUUAUCCUCAGUUUUCAGUUUUUCUAUUAACCUUUGCUUAAAAAAGGAGUUUAUGAAAGAGUAUAUUUGCUACUUUCCCGUCUGGACGGGAGGUUUAACCCAGUCCUUUCCCUUGAAGUUUGGAAGUUUGGAAAAACCCAAUACCAAGUUUCCUUGCCCAAGAAUAGUACACAAUUGAUCUGGAAUUCAUCGGGAUGAAAAAAAGGGGGGAAAGGUGGAAGAAUCCUUUGACUUGGAGAACUUGACUAGGUUUGAACUGCUGUUUUCUUUUUGUAGAACUGGCCGAGUAUUUAUCUCGGAUGAAGACCUAAAACCAGAGCGUUCUGUAAGUGUCCAUCGGUCAAACAGCUUCCUGUGUUUAAACAGUUCAAGCGCGAUGUGGAUAACUAACCGAAUGCUAUUUGAUCAUCCGCUUUACGGACUCAAUGUCGAUCGCGUGCUGGGUUUUCACGACUACACCUUAGGACAGGUAACAUUUAAUACUCUAGGUCGUACCCUCUUUUGACAAACGAUAAAAAAUGUCAAUGUGUCAACCGAAGUCACCUGUUGUAGCUGUGUCAGUUUUAAGUCACAUUUUGUUGUCUAUAUGAAGUGCUUUUUUUUCUUUGUGUGGCCAAAACCUCAAAGACAUAUUCGAUCGCCUGCAUGAGUUUAGAUACUAAGAAAGAGGUCCUGGCUCACAAAAAUCUUUGAGUAAUCGUGGUGUCGUUGUUGACGUGGGGCAUGGAUUGAGAGGGAAUGUUGUGAGGGGGUUUUUCAGCUGCCAAUAUUUUAUUUAUGGGUCGCCCUGAUUACCCUUCAAAUUCUUCUCCAUUUUGACUUGUCUUGUCAACAUUGUCUCUCUAUGUUUCCUAUUGCCAAAAACCUAAAACUCUUAAGAUCUGUCUCUGAACCCUCUGAUUUACUUGCAUUACAUUUCUCGGCAAAUUAGUGAAUAAUGUAACGAUGAUAUGGGAGAAGUUGCUUGUUUAUUCUCUUUGGCGCUGAUAAUACCGCGUAAUAUUGUGAAGUAGCUCUUAGUAGAGGCCGAGCUAAAUAAAAUACGACAAUGAGAGCUUUUGAGUUGAGAAGAAAUGCUGUGUGUACUCCUUGUGUUUACUAGAUAUCUGUGGGCGCACUUCACAGUCAGGCUCAAAGCGAACUCCAAGAAAGGUACGAUAGUGAAGAUGAUACUGCUGUUGUAGUUUCCCUUCCGCGCAUGCCUCAACCUGAAAAGCUCGACAUCAAGUCUUGCGAGCAAUUUCUUCUGGAGCUUUUCGAACAAUGGAUGUCCCCGUAUAUUCACCCCAGGACUCCUCUGGCACUCUUAUCCGAGGCAACCAAAGCGGUGAGUUCAGCUCUAGUGUCAUUAGAUUAAUCACAUCGGCCAGUUUUGUAUCUGAUUGGUCUAGGUGGUAGCAAAGUAGACUAUGGAUGAACAAAGGGAGUAAGUUUCUAAAGAAACUGUGGUGCUGCGUCGAUGGGAGAGUAUAACAGGGUAAUUUAGUAUUACCAACUGGGUAGAUAGCGUAAAUUGACCACCGUAAAGAGUUUCAAAGCUCAUUUUUCGAGCGUUAGCCUUCGUUCAUUCGCUCUGACGAAGGGCUAACGCUCGAAACGUCAGCUUUAAAACUCUCUACGCAGGCCUAUUUGCGUUAUGUACUCGGUUGGUAAUACUAAAUUACCUUAGAGUAUAGAUGAUUGAGAUGGUAGUACAAAUCCCUUUGGACCUGUAGCCGUGGCUUCUGUGGUCUCUCUUUGCCGUACUUUGAUUUUAAACAACUUAGAAACGAUCGGCAUUUUCCUUUUUCAGCUUUUGGUAUUGUCUGAUCUGUUCGUUGAUGGAACACACUUUGAAUGGGUUCUGGGCACUCUUCUUGAUCUACAUCAUAAUCAUUCAGCGGAAGAUGAUCUGUUGAUACAGUACUUGCUACCUACACUCUGUAAAGCCUUAGCUUUCCUAAAGACGGUAAGACAGUUGAACUUGCAAAAGAAACUCGUCUCCAACGCAGUUUACUUGAACUUCCCUCUUACUUUGACUGGCAUCCUAACAUCAGUAUAUAUAUUUUCCAUAGUGUUCUGUGUACGUUUCCUUUGAUACUCACCAAGAGAAUUUGUUUCAAAUUAUAAGCUUAUUUGAUUGGUAAUCAUUUCCCCUUAUUUACAUGAUUUUAAUGAUUGAUCCAGCAGUGAUACUGUUGGGGAAAUAAUAUGUUAGUCAGUGUUAGGAAUCAGUGGGUUAAGAGCACUCGCUUACGGCUCUUGCAAUUACGAAAAUUUUCAAAAUAUUACUCAAACCCACAAAUUACGAAAUGCACCCGCAACUACUAUUAUCCCAGUUGAAGAACCUCCACGCUUUGCUGAUUUAGACAGUACGAGCUAAUCCUGUGACAUCAAAUCAAGCUUCAAGUUUCGCCAUAAAAUUGCAGAAACCUUCAGUAAUGUGCCAUUGUUUUGCAGGAAGGAGCGAUAACUGAAAGAGUUUGUAAGAUAGUGGAAUCUUCACUUAGGAGUCCACACGUUCCUCUCCAGGUAAUUAAAAGCGUUUUAAUCUAUUAUGCUUUUGACCCAGAGCUUGUAGCGUCUACAAAUGUUCCCUCCAUCUUUCUCUCUGAUAAGCUACAUUCCUAAAUAAAAGCCAUAGCAAAGCUUUUUUACUAAUUGUACCCGAAAAGCAGUAGCAUUCAUGUAUCAAGGAAGAAGCCUUUCAAAGAUUUGACAUGUAAAGUUUUGGUUACCUUCUCCUUAGAAGGUUUUGGAAGCUUUUAUCUUACGUCCCAAUAACUGUUCGGAGGAAAAAUUAUGAUUGGCGUUUUGUUUCCCAAUGAGUUUUUGGUUAGUGUCAACAACUCCUGCCCCAUUUGGAAGUCCAAGAAAUUACUGGGUGCUACGGGGCUUAUCAGAAGGCUAACGAUAGUUACUUGAUAUUGUCUCUGCAUUGCAGUUUUGUUUCCAGACUUUCAAAGAAAAGUUGGCUCAUUCUUGUGUAUUUUUUUUUGUAACAGAUCUCUGCCCUUUAUGGUGCAAUGUACUUACUAGAAAUUCAGGUGCCAUCUGUAAGUGCUGUGCUACUGCCAAUCCUAACAGAUUUCCUGGGCAAGAAACUUACUGUGAUUAAUGGGUAAGAUAACGACUGUUUCCUUUACAAUAUUACUCAGUUUCUCUUUUUUACUUUGUUCAGGGCAUGUUCUCAUUGUUUUUUUUCGUCAUGAACAUUUUACUUCUUAUGAACUGAGUGCUGGAGGUUAUCCAGGUUUCCAUGGCAUGAAACGAUUGGUAGUAAUACUUAUCUUACUGAUUGAGUCACCUGUCACCAGUCCAUCCUAAGUACCCCUCCCUGUCAAGUAUUUUGGGAGGUUUACUUGACACGUUUUAGUAACCAUUUAUACUCAUGGAUGGACAGGGGUAGAGUGAGAGAACACCAAACUGUGUUAGGACUGGAACCAUUUCUUUUAAAACUAGCGUUCUCUAUUAUAUUUUUUUUGUGUUGUGUGAUGGGGUUGAUUAAACUUUUUUUUAUUUUUUCCUUCUUAAUUUCAAUAUUUUCUAAGCGCCGUGUCAAUGGCAGAACACCACUUAUUAGUCAUGUGGUCGACAGCAUUUUACUUGCUGGAGAGAUACGCUGAUGAAAUCAGUGACCAAGAAUUAAAGGCAAACCUCCUCAAGGUAAAUUUUACAACGUCUUAUAUCUAAGGCAAUAUUUUACUUCUCCUUACACUCGAUUUAAAAUUGCUCAAAAGAGUACCGCAUGACAUUGAAAAGCAUUGAAAAGCAAUCCUUAGAUGUGAAAUUUGUGUUAGACACAUUUACCUCGCAAUUGGUUUCUUGUAUGUUGAUUAUAUUUGGGAUUGAGUUUAACAACCUUUGGUAUCUUAUUUUAUUGUACAGAAUGCCGUCCGCACUGCGUCCUCAAACGAAGACAGCACCCCGACCUGUGUCUAUCACGCCAUCAUUAGGGGACUUGAGAGGCUUGUAGUAUCAUUUGCUCUGUCGAGUGCUGAGUCAGACUCGCUAGUCAAACUUAGUGUGGACAGGUGGGUCGGGUGGGACGGUCGAACUUAACAUGGAAUGGUGGGUCGGGAGAGACAGUCAAACUGAGUAUGGAAAGGUAGUUCGGGUUGGGUGGUCAUACAUAGCAAAAACAGGUGGGUUGUGUGGGCAGGGGGGUUGUGUGGGCAGGGGGGUUGUGUGGGCAGGGGGGUUGGAUAGGAGAUAAUCAUCAGUUAGAACUCUGUAGUUCAGGAUGACGACGGCAAAACAAAUAUUUUCAAGCAAAAACAAAAGAAACUUAUGAUCUUCAACCCUGGGAGAAUUUCUUUGGAGAGUACAUGAAAAGAUCAAUUUAUGACGAGUAUUCCUUCAAAAUUGGUGAUGUUUCAAGGGGGUCAGCCAUUUUUUUAAAAAUUUUUUUUUUCACUGUUAUGUCCGAGGAUGUGGUCACUAUUACGCUCGGGAACAGAAAGAUACGUGUUGGAAAUAAGAAAGAGACAGGCCCCGCCACAAUUCUUGCCACAAAAAUCUAUAAUGUCUUUGAUACGUAGAUGAUUUUAAUGCGAUACAAAAUACCAUAGACGUAAAGGAGUAUUUGCACACACCUUUUUGACUAAUAUAUGUUUUUUCCAUCUCAGGCUGUCCAUGCGAAACCCUCAAAGAGCCAUAUCUGCUCUUGGUUUAUUGGUAACGUGUAUGUAUACAGGUAAGAAGUAUGUGUGGCUUUUUUAUAGUGGUGUUAUUACAACAGUGCUGCUGAGAGGUUUCUGGUUAUGUAUAUAAAUGCAUUUUAAGGCCAUUCUACAAUUCAAAUGGGAGUCACAGAGGAAGAAAUCCUUUAACUCGAGUUGACUUGGGCAUUCUGUCACUUGACAAACUGUUUUAGUAACCAAAGAACUGACUUCAGAAUGGUCGUCAGUCAAUUAAACAGUUUGUCAAUUCGUUGGUCGGUCAUUCAGUCAGUCAUUCGGUCAUCAGUCAAUCAUUCAGCUAGUCAGUCAGCCUGUUGAACAGUAAAUCAGUCAGUUAACUUGUUCGAUAGGUGGUCAGUCGGUCAGUCAGUCAGUCAGUCAGUCAGUCAGUCAACCUGUUGGUUAGUCGGUCAACCAGUUGGUCAGUCAGUCAUCAGUUAGUUAGUCAGUCAGUCAGCCUGUUAGUCAGUCAAUCAGUCAGUCAACCUGUCGGACAGUUGGUUGGUCGGUCAGUCAGUCAGUCAGUCAGUUGGUCAAUCGGUCAGGGGGUCAUUCAGUCAGUUAGUGGGUCAGUUGGUCAGUUCAUCAGUCAGUUAUUGGUCAAAAGGUCAGUUACUCAGCUCAAGCUCAAAAUAUUUCCUUCUGUAGGUAAAAUAUGGUUGGCUGGUCGAAUGGUGUAUCAGUCACCAUGUGGUUGGCCUGUCAUUUUGGAAAUUGGUCUUUUACUUAGUCAUUCACUUAGUCAUUCAUUCAACCAGUCAAAAAUGAACUAUUUCGUCCUACAAGACACUCUUGAAUUCAGCACAUACCUCAUUUUUACAGGUAAGAUUGGCGACCGACCAAGUGGAAUCUACCCUCCGGCUGACACUGCGGAGUUUCCAACAGAGGACAUACUUCUCAUCGCUAUGGAACGUGUUACUGUCCUGUUUGAUAGGUGAAUUGCAGUUUGUUUAUGUUAGAAUUAACAUAAAAAAUACGGCGUAACUUGCCCAAAUUCAGUUUAGGAGCAUUUGCAUGCACGAUUAAAACUCGCAAGUGUAUUAUUGAGGUCGGUCUCAAGAAUUGUUGGUAUUGUUGUGGCACUUUUAGUGCGCAUAGACUUUCUAAUCUUAGAAUUCAAGUUCCCCUAAGACUAACAAUUUUAAUUGACAUACAUUCAACGUACCCCAUUUUUAGCGGGCAGCCUGUGUUAAACAGACGCUAGCUCAAGUCCAAAAUAUUUCCUCCCGUAUUACUUAAACCGUUGAAUUCGUAAGCGUGAUUAGCGUCUAAUUUCUUUUGACAGCACCACUGCUUAAUCAAACGUAAGGUCAUGAGAAUGAAGGAAAUGAUAGCCAACUAAAGAAGUACUUGAUUGUUAGACAGAUUCUCCUUGUUAGCACUUUAGAAAAGGCAUUGAAAAUACUAUGGAGAAUAUGUAUGCAAACUGAUGUUAGGAUGUAAAGGGUGCCAGGAAAGUGAGCCUCUAUUCAGCAGACACUUUUAUUAAUUGGUCAUGAACAGAGACGCGAAAUUGACGCGAAACCUGUGCAUUAGUACACUCUAAGAUUCCAUCGUUUACAUUUGAAACAUCGAUUCUGGCGAUUGAUUGUUACUCUGUCUACCGGAUUUGAAAUGUUGCUGAUUGUUUACUUUGUUCUAUAUGGGAUUUGAUAACUGACUACUGUAGCACAAUAUACAAUUCGAAGGAUUUUAGUCACCCUGGGUUUAAUAGGCACUACUCAGAUGAACCACUGUAAUAAGUAAAGUUUUAUUAAAAAUAUCGGUGUAGAAUGACCUUAAUACUUGACAAUGUAACAUCGUAUCGAUAUAUGCACAAAGGGAAUAUUUGAAAUAUGCGCCUGCUGUACAUGUUUUGGGGCUGACAUGCAGCGAAAAAUGUGUUGAUCAUCUGGUGGAUCAUCUUGUCAAUUUUCAAGGGUGUUUUUCUUUUCGGCAGAAUAAGAAAAGGCGUGCCAUCUGAAGCCAAAGUGGUGGCCAGAGUUUUGCCACCCUUGCUUUUGGAUUUCUUUCCCGCACAAGAAAUCAUGAACAAAGUGAUCGGAGAGUUUCUGUCUAGUCAGCAGCCACAUCCUGAACUCAUGGCGCAAGUUCUCUUCAAGGUAAAUACCUGUAGGAUGCUACCUCUUUCAGUUCUUUUUAUUCAUCUCUUCUCAAAUAAAUCGUCUACAGGGCCAUCUUUAAACAGUAAACUCUCAGAUGUAAUUAACAUAAAACUAUUCUGUGCAAUAUCAAUAUCAUGAUCAUGCGGAUGAUGAAACAAACGUAUUGAUUAAACGGUUUCCACUUGAUUUAAAAAACAAAAUUUCCCGUACAAAAUGCCUCUCCACGAUAAUGAGAAAAUUUUGAAUUAUGACGGAAAUUCUUUUUUGAUUAUAUGCAGCUGACGAGUUACUUCGUUCGGAAGGGCUUCUUGAGUCUUUUUCGUUCUUUAAUGAUCCUAAAAUAAUUCUAGUAAUAAAAUAUUAAAACUUCUGCUAUACAAUCUAUUAUCUUGAUUAGGUGUUUGAAGGUCUUCACAGUCAAGGGCAGCAAACAGAAGUGAGAGACUGGGUACUUCUCUCACUUGGAAGUUUUAUUCAGCGGUAUGGUGUUUCCUUAGCUAAUACUAAAGUUGGAAAGUUCGAUCUAGUCGCGUAAACUACAGUUUAAGGACUUUUAAACAAAUUAACUUCUCUUGCCGUGAUUCUGUUCUUACCACAUUUUGACGUCAUCCGUGCGCGGACGCGCGGCAUCAUGGCAUCUGAUUGUUAGAUACGGACAUUUAUACCUUCUCCAUUUCUCUUCCACCUCAUCCUAGUGAUUCUAAGUGCAAGUUUGCCUCGACAGCAUGAAGUGCUUCAAAAAGGGAUCCAGGGAAAGGAUGGUGCAAACCCCCUUCUCAUCUGACCUGUGGGGUUUUUACUACAUUUCUGACACCAAAAUUCCUGGAACGACAGGAUUGCAUGUUGCUGCACAAUUCGACGUAUUCAAUAUUUAUUCGUCUUGCAAUUUUUCUUUGCUUAUUUGAACCACAGUGUAAAAACUUUUCUGUGUGUUUGUGAAUAAAAGUUGUGAUCCUGUAUCAAAUUCCCCCUCUCCCCUCUCCCCUCCCCCAAGCUUGGUUUGCUUGUGUAGUGGGAUAGAGGACGUUGCCGUUAGGCGUCUAUGCAUGUGUACCUUAUUGAUGUUCGCUAUGUAUUUUUUUUUCUUAACAGGACACCCCUGUCGAUGGCGGUAUGGAGUCUUACUUGCUUCUUCAUUAGCGCUUCUAGCAACAAAUGGAUUCGAGCCCUGUAUCCAAACUUAGGUGCAAAAAGUAGUAAUGAGUGCAACUCACGGUAUUUUGUUUUUUACUUCAGUUGGUUACUCUUUUGAACUUCGUCACUUUAGUAUUUAGGCUGGUGUUGUUGAAGAGAGGUAAACGUCCAGGCACUGUUUACUUAUGCUGAAACAUUGUCCUCUUGAGUUUGAUUCUUAACGGUAACUUCAGAUUUUCUUAUAUCGUGGGAAGGAUGGGUAAACUUGAAGAUAUCGACGUUAGAAUAUUUUGUGCAGCAGCUAUGGAUUUCUACAGAACUCAGGUAAAACAAGUUGUAGCAGCCAGAUGAGUCUCAUACAAACCUUGCUUUCCCUUUGGAUUGUAUGGGGUAUUUCAAAACUUCGUGACCUUUUUUUUGAACAAAGAAAAAAAAGCAUUUCAUUCUUAACUGUUCGGUCGUUGAAGCCCUGCAAGUGAAUAACCCAUGUUUACAGUUUUUCCAUAUCCAUGGACAAUUUCAUAAGCCUGAAAGUUCCCCUUUGCUUUUUGUGACGUUUUUCAGGGGUCGUGGCAAAGAAGGCAGCUGGUUUGGGGUAGUGGGGCGGAGGGGGGGGAAAGAGACUUUUGUCCAUGCCAGGCGUAGCCCCGUUUUCAGUUCUCCCAUUGUUUUUGGACCGGAAGACUGUACGUAACCUCGUCAAAAUUGCUCCCGAGAUUUUUCUUCAGGAUUAAGAUCUUGCGAAUUAGCAGGCCAUUUGUUUUUAUUCUAUGAAAUUGGGUAAGUUCUCUAGCACGAUGUUUGGGUAGCCAAGGCUGUGGUGCCCGUUUGAGGACAGCAACUUUUGAAACAUCUUAUAGUUCUUAACAGGAGUUAAUCAAGAUGAUUCAUGAAUGAAGGAACCGCCAAUGUGUGCAGAGAUCGAAGUCUCACUUCCCUUUUACAACAUAUUUUAAAAUUGACGCAAGAGGACCACAGCCGUUUCCCCACGUCCACAUGCUCUCAUGAUUUAAUAGCAUUCUCUGAUCUCUGAGGUUUGCUGAGGUCAUUACACCUUUUUCACUCGUUAGAACUAACUCAAUGUUGGAAGUUCUGAUGAGUUUGCAAAUGUUCAGGGGUCAACAUGUCAAUUUUUCUUCCUACAGAACCUCGAUGCAAAUCAUAAGGAGACUCUGAUAUCCACAUUUAGAAGGGCCGCUCAAACGAGUGCACCUUACAGAGAAUUUAUUGAGUGCUGUCAGUCAGACAGUAAACUCUCUCGAUAAAUAAAGGGUUGGUUUAUGGCUGGAGGGAUUAUUGAAAAAGGUCCCAACGUUUCUUGAUCGUGAGACUGUUUUGUUGAAGAAGCAAAGGAAAGGUAGUGUCCAGAACUUCAGGGUUCUUUGCCGUCAGGCAUAUUCUCGGUACAGCUUGCUAAGUAAAUUUCCCCAGUGCUGCACGGAUUUUCAUGAGUUACGAUUUCUUCAGCUUGAGCCAGUAGUAAUUGUGGGUAAUUCCUGGUUGUGAAAUGUUUUGAUAGAAGUUUGAAUACUUUUUGCUAGGAUGACCACUAAUUCAAUGAACCGUCCUCAUAUUUUUGAUAACGUAACAGAGAGCAACGUUACGAAGUAGCGGAAAGUGGAACAUUCACACACGUGCUUUGUCACGCAUUGCUUGAAUCGCAUUUUCACGCGUUUCAUGACAUGUCAAAUAACAGACACCUUAGGUAGCGUAGAAAAUCACUUUUGGUGUGUUUUCCUUGCGCUCGCUUAUUCAGAGACUAAGUGGAGAUGUGGGGUCAAUUUUGACUCAAUGAAAUGAUGUACUAUCAAUUAUCAAUGGAGUAUUAGAUACAAUUAUGUCUCAAUUCGAAGAAAAUAUAAUGAAAAC